AUGACUAAAUAUUAUGUUGUUCAUUCGAAUCGAUUAAAUGAAUUGGCCAUGUUGGCGUUCCAUAAAAAUUUACCGAUAGUUCCAAAGUACGCGUGGGUACUGUAAGGAAUGGUUCUGAGCCUCUCAAGUGUAGGAGUAGAUAUUAUGUUAUUGAAAAUUGUAUAAUUUAUUUGUUAUUAUAUUAUCUGUAAUAAUUGUACCCAACAAUUAUCUAUUGAUUUUGUUGUUUAAAUGCAAGAAAAUAUUAUACUUGUGAUAGCAUUAUUUUUCUAAACCCUACAGCCACUGGUGUAAGUUAAAAAUUAGUAAGGUAGGAGGGAGUAAUUUAGUUUAAAUGCAAUUGAAUAAAUCAUCGUAAACAAAAAUAAAAAACGAUUCUGAACUCGGUUUUAACGUUUCCUUUUGUUUUUUGUUAUAUUUAAAUUUCCGUGUCUGGUUUUUUUUUUUACGCAAAAUAGACCCCGGAUGCUUAGUUGCAAAAAUAUACGAACAGUGUUUAGCUUUUUAUUUAAAUAUAUUACAUGAAUCCACGCUAUGGGAAGAUUGUGAGUGGAGGGAAGGACUGUGAAUUUUAAACCUUUCUUGCAGUAUUUCCACGUGGUUUUGUAUUGUGCCUUCGGGACCGAAAACGCUGUUAGUUUUACGAUUACGACGGUGUGUAUUUUUUUUUUUUCAUUUACAAUCCCCGUUAAGCGUUCCCCGACGAAGAACAAAUUUUAAACGCCAUCGUGUCUGUGUGAAUGCGGUCGUUUUUCGGGUAGGUAUCGCUGAAAUAUUUAAAACCCCAUCGAAAAGAAUGAAACGAAACCGGGCUACAAUACUGACUCAUUACUCGCCUCCAGACCGUGAAGUAUAUAAUAUCAUCGUGUUGAAAUAUGAAAAAAAAGGGGCCAUUUUUGGAAAUCUAAAACCACGCGUUUAUUACACGUAACAAUACAUCAUAUUUGAGGUAUAUAAAGGGUGGCCAUUUUUGAAAAUGGUGUAAAUUAACACAAAAAUUAUAUUGUUACGUUUGAUAAAUUAAAAUUAAUAUCACGAUUUUCAAUUCUCUUAAAACUGUCAUCGGAUCGACUGUACUAAGGCUGUGUAACUAAUCGUCUAUAGGUAUGAUAACAUUUUGACGUAUUACAAUUAUCGUUAACUGCACACGUGUAUUGACACCGUUAAAAAUAUUGACAUUUUUCAUGAAAAGAAAACUCAGUUGAUUUUAAAUACCAGAUUUCCUGUCAAGUCUAUACUAUCUAGCCGUGUAACCGCAUAUAAUAAAUAAUGGAUUAGGCCAAUCGCACGCUUAUAACGUACACACCGGCGUUACGGAACGAAGAAGAGAGAUCGACUGUUCUCUCGGCAAGAUAUACCUUUGACCGAGGGUAUUUUAAAAUAUUUUAUAUUAUUUUUUCCGAUUUUUAUAAUUACAUUGAAAUGAGAGCUGCUAAUCGCGAACCAAUAUGCUGUCAUAGUUUGAAUACAGCCUCGAAACGCCCUCAUCUAGAAGAGACAACAGUCCAUGUCAAUACAGUCUUUCUCUCUUACACAUACCGAAUAGUGAUUUCGUUUGUGAUAACUUAUCCAUUCUUUUUAAUAAAUAUUAUAAUAUACCAAUGCAUAUAUGUAAUGCAUAUAUAUAUAUAUAUUAAAAUCACCAUCAGUGGCGGCAAUGAGCCCAACAACACCCGCCCAAUUUUCACAAAAAUUGAAAAAUCCCACAUGAUGCGUUAUAGUUAUUUGGCCAUUUGUUGUACAAUUUCGUGGGGAAUAUAAUGCAGUAUAGAAUAUUGAGCGUUUUUAUUCCGUAUAAUAUUUUCAUAAUUUUGUAUUCAUGUUUGCAGCGGCGCUUUUUCCGAGGUCCGAUUGGCCAUGAACAAGGAACGCCCGAACGAAAUGUACGCGGUGAAAAUUAUCGACAAAAAAGCGUUGAAGGGCAAAGAGGACUCGUUGGAUAACGAGAUAAAAGUCUUGCGAAGGUAACGUACACUAAUAAAUUUUAGUUUUGUUUAUUGUUUUAACAUAGCACACAUCUAAUACACAUAAUAUGUAUUUAUACUAGCUUUACACACGUAGUCGGAUACGGUAAAAAUUGUCCGAAACCGGAAACUGCUGAACAGGGUAUUCGAAAUGGUCACCGCAGUAAAAUCGAAUUUAACCUAUUGAAAAAUGGGUAAAUUCGCUUUUUCGGUCUCCUUGUUUUCGGACGGUUUUCACCGUAUAUGUCCGUUAUCUGUAUAAUUGUAUUUUAAUUCAGUAAACAUAUUAUUUAAUUAUACCACGUUAGAAAUUAGAAUCAUAAUUUUCAUAAUAUUAUUAUAAUAGAUCUGCACAAGCCAAAUAUAUUAUAAUAUGACACGGCGUUUAAACCGCGUAAUGGUUUAAUAAUAUUAUAUAUUACCAUAGGUAGUUUACAUGCAUAAGCUUCUUUUUUUUUUUUUUUAUGUCAAUUGCUUUUUCGGGUAACAUCACACCAAGCCAAUAGUAAUAUUAUCGUAAUAUGAUGCUUAUUCGAUUGCACUUUAGUAUUUUUCACGUAUAUUAAUUUCAAAUCUAUUUUUUUUUUUUCAAUAUCAAUUUUUACUAUUCAUUCGUAUCUAUCAUUAUAAUAUGGCCGUACGACAAUAUAUUCCCUAAAAUUGUUUUGUAUACAACUGCCAUUUGGUGCGAUAAAAUAAUCAUCCUGUCUAUAGUAUACAGUAGAGUUAUUCACGAUAGUAAUAUUGUAGUUUGGAGACUGAAAAGAGAAAAAAAGGCCUCGCACGUUAUGCACAACUCGAGUACCUAACUCCAUAUCGGUGCCCGAAUUGGAGGGGUGCGCGACGAUGAGGAGCGGUGGAAUUCAGCUUUACUGAAAUUGAAGGGGGGCUAUAAUGCUUGAAAUAUUUGUUUUCAAAUACGGAUUUAGACUGUAUAUUAUGUAAGUAGACGCUUUUGAAUCUAUAUAAUAUAUAGCACCAACAAUAUUUAUUAGGAAACUUUGUUGUUUAGAACUAUAUUGAUUAGUUUGUUUCAUUUUGAGUCAUUUAAAAACAAAAAGAACAAAAAAAAAAACCAAAUAUAAAUUAUUCAUUUACGCACGACUUUAUUGAUUCUAUAGUGUAUAGAACAACAAAUAAAGAUUAUAUUUUUCUUUCAUCUACUCGUGUGUAAAAAAUGUGUAUACAUAUAAUACAGGGGUUAUCGAAUGUCAACUAAUACUCUUAUCUAUUCGUAUAAUUUUUUCGAAUUUAUUUAAUGCAGCUUGUUGUUUGAAAAUCAAAAGAAAGUAAUCGUUUCAACGUGUCUUCCCCCCCCCACGAAAAAAAUAAUAAUAAGAACAAUGUUACUUUUUAUAAUAUAAAUUAUGGUUUGAAAAAUUGGAUACAAAAACAAUUGUUUGAAAAAAAUAAGUAUUCCCUGAGAAAUUUGUAUGUAACAUGAAAUUUGAUAAAUCCUAUAGGCAUAUGACCAACGAAAUGGGAAUUUUAAUUAUGUGUAUUAUUGCUGUACACUAUAAAAUUGUUUUUAUAAGUAGUGACAAUGUAAAUGUUUGGAAUAAUAUACUGCAUUGUACGAAUUCAAAGGGAACAUUAACGCCCAUUAACCUAACGCCCAUUAACAAUAUUGCGUAUAUAUUUACAUAUUUUGUAAUUCUUAUAUGCAUGCAGCAGUACCCAGUAUAUAGUAUUUAAUAAUUGUCAGUGGUGGUAUGUGGGUUAGGGUUGCUAUUUGCCAACUUUAAAUUUGCAAAAUGACCUGAUGGUACCUAAAAAAAAAAAAAAUAAUAAUAAUAAUAAAAUAGGUCAUGGUUUUUAUUUAAUAAACACGUAUAUUACGUGUUAAUAAAAAAAUUACGGUAAAAAUAAGAAUACCGAUGAAACUAGCAUUUCGGUAAAUGUCCGCAUUCACAUUUUAGAUUCUGAGUGGAGCGAAGAAGCUUAUGGUUUUACGAAGAUGUUAAUUAUUUUUAAUAUUGUUUUAUUUUUUUCUGUUGACAACUUUUCUAACCUGAGAACUUGCUCCGAUAUUCACGUGCAUCAACUUUUCUGAAAGAAAAUCAGUGUGGGGUGGUACAUUAAAGAGGUUAUUUUUCGAUUUUCUCCGGAGUUUUCUCAGCAAAUGUGAAAAACUGAUAAAAAACGUAGAGAAAUCGAUACAACAUUAAACAAAUAUUAUUAAAAAAAAUAUAUAGAGCCUACAUAAUUAUUUUAUUAUAAUAUGGCAUAUAUAUUGUUGACAAAGCAUCACUAUCAACUGAACUCCACUCAGAAUCGUGUUUUCAUAAGCAAUGGUUUAUCGUUGCUUACAUGUAUACUUUAAAUUACCUAUAACAGUGACUACACCCAUCCCCAUUAUCCUAGAACGUCUUAUUUUUCCAACUUAUCGCUUGAUUUUUUUUCCCUUGCUUAAUAAUAGGAUAUUUUUACAAUUUAUUAUUAUUAUGAAAUAUUACUACAAAGACUGAAAUAAUUAUUAUACAUAUUUACAUAAUAUAUUUGUUAUGUGUUAUUACAAUAUUGUACGUAUAAUAUUUAUUUAUGCAAGAUUGGCUACUGGAAUCAUCAUAUUUUACAUCUAGAACUACAUAAUGCAUUUUUCGUUCGACAUUUUCAUCGAUUUACCUUACGGUUUUUCAUAAAAGCCCGUCAUCUUAUUACUACUCCUUGUCCGGCUGCAGAUAAGAAGAGUCGCAAUACCGUUAACGUACUUAUUCCAAUUUCGUUUUCGGAAAUUAUAGUCAAAUCUAAAAAAAAAAAACUUUCUUCACAUAAUGUAAAUUGAGUCCUGGUAAAAACUUAAACACUUUUUGAAAUUUUUCCCGCUAUGUUACCCAACCGAUACAAAUCGCCAUCCACUAAUUUGAACACCAUCAUCGUUACUGCGAUCAACUUACGGAAUUUUAAUUCUGAUCGUUACACUUUGCAUUCGUCAUGAUUUAUAGUACAGUCGAAACAAAAACUCCCGAAAUCGAUCGCAGUAAAAUUAAUAAUAAAUAACUCUUUUUGCAAUCAAAAUAUACCUACCUUAUACUAUUGACCAUAUGGACGAAACCGUAUAGCAGUUGGUAGCAGAGUUUUCGACGUUUGUAAAAUAUAAUAUUACUAAACAUGGAAAGGUACCGGAAACGAAAUUCGAAAACUUAUACGGAUGCAUUGCAACACUAUUGCAUUGUAAUACAUGCGUCAGCGUUUCGAAGAUUAUUCCAGCGUGUAAAAUAUUAUACCGUAGCAAACGCGUCAUAUCGUAUUUAUUUUUUUUUUUUUUUAAUGUUUUAAUGCGUAUGUAUUUUUUAAAAUAUAUAUGUACACACGAUCAUCGCGGAUGCACUGAAUUAUUCACGUUGAGUGUAAUAACGAAAUAGCUUUUUCCGCGGCGCCGUUCCGCCACUAAUAACGAAAUAAAUAAUAACAAUAAUAAUAAUAAACAAAGUCCAUUUGUAAGAUUACAAUUUGUCAAUUCGCAAACAACCGCGUAUAAUAUUUAUCAUUAUACGUGCCCUCCGGCGUUUAUGAUAUAUUAAACAAUCGACGAAAAAUCAAUGUGAAAUUAACAGAAAAAAAAAAGAAGAGCUGAUAUUGGGGACGGGAGCAGCCGCUGUUGUGGGUGAGAAGUUUAGAAGGUAGGAUACAUAAGGUUAUUUCAUUUAUAUCUGUAAGAAACGAUAAACUGUUGCUAACGAAAAUCGAUUCAGCGGGAAAUUCGGUUGUAUGUGUUUUGAAAGCCCGUGAUAUUUACGAUUUUCAUCGAGUAUUGAAAUCAGUGGCGUGCGAUCAGAGCAAGUAAUGUAAACGCCUUUCAAAUGGGUAGAAAAACAAAUUUAUUUAAUUCGUUGUUAAUGGAAAUAUGUCAUAACAAUAUAGGUUUUUUUUAUUUUAGAUAUAACAUACUCAUCUUCAUAAGAUUUUUUUUUAUUUUUUUUAAAAAAACUUAAUGGUAAUAAAAUAAAAUAUAAAAUAAAAAGUACAAAAAGUAAUACAGCAACACAAUGUUAGCACAAAAUGUUCUACAUAAUGAAGCCGGCCCCCAAAAUAAAAUUAAUCACAAGUUUGAUAGUAGUUUCAGAUUUGGUCUGUAAAAUGGAGGCGAGGUUGAGAGGGUUGUUUAGUAUUUUAAGAGUAAUUUAAGUAAUUAAAUAAUUGAAUAAUCUUAUUAUUACUGUAUACGAACACAAGGCGUCACAUAAUGUUAUCUUAUCCGGUUGAUAGAUAUCAUUUAAGUUUUAAUUUAUAAAAUUACCAAUGAAUUUAUAAAAUAAGAUAGACGAAUGAAUUAUACUUCUAAAUAGGUAAAUAAAUAAUGUGCAAUGUACAUUAUAAAAAAAACUUUUUUUUUUUUUUUUAUUUACCUUAAUAACUAAUAAUUUACCUUUAUAAGUAACGGUUGAUUUUUCUUCUUUUUUUUUUUUUGGCGCUUACCCAGCUUCCAAUAUUACCACACGUCACUGAUUGGAAUUAUUGCUAUAAAUUAAUCUUUUCACAAUUUCAAGUUAAACGAAAAAGUUGGCACUGAAACCCAUCAUACAUCUUCCAUGAGAAAACGUUUUGCAUUAUUUACGAUAAUAACAUAAUUACCGUAUGUUGUGAAAUAAAACGGCAACGCCGCGGUCGCGGCCGUCCGUAAAUAUUUGCCGUUUUACUUACAAUUUUCUUUCGGGUUUUUCUCGGUUAUUUUGAAAACCUAUUUAGAAAGUCAAAAAAUUAACGGCUCAGUGCGCCACCUUUCAAAAAAGGUGCUACGCUCUACGCAUGGGAACAAGAUUUCUUGUAGAAAAGUAGUUCAAAGACGGAAAAUAUGAAAGAGAAAUUUAAAAAAUACAAAAAAAAAGGAAACACUCAUCAUAGUAAAACCAAUAGAUCCUUCGAUACGUUCCGAAUCUAAAAUAGCUCGCUGUAUAUAUUUUAAUACCGGCGUAUCGCGUAUGACAAUACUAUUCAAACGAAUCGAACGAGAUUUUGAACUUUUUCGAAAUUGCCGUUCCCUCGCACCGUAUAAUUUUACCUGCGUACAAUUCUAUAAACGAAUGAAUAAGCAUAUUAUGGUACGCUGCAUUCAUGCGAAAAAAAACCAAACGAGUUUUUUCGGCUUUUCGUUCGAAUGUACAAAUAUUACCGGAUCGUAUAUUUAUACGAAAAAAAUAUUCAUAUUAUUUUCCGUGUACUUUUAUCGAUUUAUUUUCCGUUUCAAAUCGGUUGUUCCCUCGCUCCUGAACGCAAAAAAUACUUCGUUAAAAAAAACCCGAUUUCACACAAGGUGAGUCGUAUUAGGCGGCCUUAUUUUUUCGAUUUUGGUUUUUUAUGUCUCUCAAAGGCCAAUUUCGAAUCUAAACCUAAGCGAUAACACGACCAAGAGGCUUUUAGUAUAAUAGAUUUUAAAACGUGCGCAGUUUUCUCUUUGGACUCGAAAUUUUCAGAUUCUUCAAUUGAACGUUUUUUUUUUACUAUCGCUAUUGAGUUCGCAUACUUCAACAUAAUAUUAUGCGAGUUCGGUAAACAUUUUUUUUUCACACGAAUUUUUACAUCCUUUCCACAAAGGCCACAACCCUUACAGUUUCACAGUUACCAUUUUAUUAUAUUUCAAAGCGAAUUUCAGAAGUCGGAAAAAUGAAAUUCACAUGAAUAAUAAUAGACAGUAUAUAACAUUUUUUAAAACAUUCAUUUCUUUUAGAAAUUUGUUUAGAAUUUUAAUAAAUUACAUUAAAAAUAGACAUUUCUAGAUGGAAACUAUACCCAAUUAAUUUUGGUGUACCACAAGAUAGUGUGCUAGGGCUGGUUUUGUUUGUUUUGUAUAAACAUGAAAUAUGUGACUUAAAUAUAGAAGGAUUAAUAGUUACGUAUGCAGGUGACACAUGCAUUUUUUAUUUGUUACUUGUGGGAAACAAUACAAAAAUAAGCACAUAUCGGAAUCAAUCAAAUGUAUAAUAAAUUGAAUGAUAAAAUCCGUCGUUGAAUAUAAAUAUAACUGUGUUUGUUAUUUUUACUACCAGACAUGUGCCCAUUAUGCUAAUCAAUAAAAUAAAAAUGCAUUCAUAUAAUCAGGGCUCACGAAAUUUAUAAUCUAGAGAAACGUACUUAAAGCCUUAAAAGAGCCCUGAAAAUAUAUUUUAAGAAUCAAAAAUGAUAGAGGGCUCAGAGAGGUGAAAAAUUCUCCCCUCCCCCUCAUAACGGCUUUAACCAUUAAUUGCAAUUGUCUACAAUUAUCUACAGAAACGAUAAGGUAACACAACAUUUUUUUUAUAAUACAAAUAUUAAAUUUAAAAACUGUGUGUUAAUCAUUUUUGUAGUGCUCGGAAAACAUAUUUUAUAUAUUAGAGCCGUCAGAAGAAAAUAUUUGCUAUCGUUUUUUUUUUUUAUUGCGUGUUAGAAACUAUUUUCAACGUUUGUGCUCGGGUUUUUGUGGAUUUUAAGUGCAUAAAAUCCCGAGCCCUGCAUAUUUAUUAGUUAUAUUUGUCAUAGUUGUCCGAAAAUAGUAAGGGUAAAUAGAGGGUAAAUAAACUUGGGUUUAAUUUUAGAUUGUCAUCUGUGGUAAAAUGUACACAUUAAUAAUUUAGUUAUGCGCUUAAGUUCGAUUGACUUUAAGAUGUACAAAUUAAAAAAAAAAACCUUACCCGUUGACAUGAUGCGUAUUAUUUAUCAAGCUUUGUACAAAUCUUUUUUACAGUACAGUUGUAUAGUUGGGGAGGUUGUGCAAUAAAUCAGUGAAACCAAGUUCAACUCUAAUAAAAAACUAGUUUUAUAUGUAAUAAAAAAAUUUUAUUUAUAUUUAUUUGUAAACUUGACUAAAGUUAUAAAAAAUUUACCUUUUAUAAGAAUCGAUAUUUUUAUUAUUCCAUUUUAAGUCGUUUUUUUUUUUUACUUUAAUUUAUUUAACUUUUAUUUACGAGCAACAAAUUAUUUUAAAUCCAACCUUUUCUUGUUGACCACUAUCGACUUAAUAAAUCUCCAGUUAAACUUCCAAGUAUUUCUGUUUGGUCUUAAAAUUUUAUCCACAGAAUACCUACCAAAUAAAUAUUACAGAGAGGCGGUCCCUGUGUGUAAUUAUUAUGUUCGUAAAUAUACCGUGAGAUGUGUGUUUUCCCCGACUAUUCGGUUAAUCGAUGGUAUAGUCUUUUCGAUACAGCUGGGUCUCCCGCGUGUUGCGUUAUGGUUUCCAUAAUACGAUUUAUAAAGUGUACAAGGUGUUCUAUUUAACGGGGUACACUGAUUAUCUCGAAAAGUAUGAACUUUUUUGACACAAUUUUUUUCUCGAUAAUUUAAGAAAAAUCAGCGUUGCAAUUUUGCAUUACCGUUAUUUUUAUCAUUCUCAUUUGGGAAGAGGUGGGCGAAACAAUUAUCUAAUUUUUAUUUUCGAAUGGCAACCUGAAUUGAAAAUUUUAAAAAUAAGUUUAUUUUUAGUCCGAAUAAAUUUGAAUUUAAUACUAUACCACAAACUUAAAAAUAGAAUAUCUCGGCGACAGGUUGACAGAAAUUUGAACUGAUACGCCGUAUUUUUAUGGAAUUUUAAAUGUAGAUUGCCGUUUGAAAAUCAUAAUUACGUAGUCGUUUCACCCACAAAACUAAUAGUAACGUAACAUUUCAAAUCUGUUUAUUUCUUAACUCAAUAAAGAAUAAUUCACCGCAUCGCCAGAAAUCGAGACCAACUUACGCCACUGCAGCCCUAAACCAAAAUUACAGUGAUCAACUUGCGUCGUUUCUCUACGGAACACGUGACAAUUAUUUAUUUUCAGAAAAUACAAAUCCACCGUGAUCCCCUAAAACACCUAACAAAUUAAACGUUGUUUAAAGAAAUCAUUGUGUACAAUCGUUUCUAUUUGUACUGUUUUUCUGUUAAAGAUAUAAAAUUGAGUUAUCGAUAAUCAAUCGUGUAAGGAUCGAUUGGCAAUUAGACUACCAGACUCCAGGCCCGGUGAACUCUUAAUCCGGUCCCGUCCGCGUAUAAUAUAAAUCUAAUAAUAACCUACAAUGUAUAAUUGCGAUUGUGUGUUAUCUAUUUGAAACGCAUCUAGCUAACACCAAGUAAUUCGUUUUAAAGUGGUAUUGUCGAAAACUAAUUAUAAUAAUUCUGCAUUGUACUUAAUCAAAAAAAAUAACGAUAUAAUUCCCGCGUAUUGUAUCGGUGCCGUCUUGCGAUUCAGCGUUUUCCCGACAAAGACGUGAUAAUAUAAACGCCGUAAAACUUUUCAUUGUUACGUAGUUUUAAUAGUUUUAACGCCGCCGUCGUCGUCACCGUUGUCGGUGCCCUCAAGCGCUGCAGCAAUAAUCGCGCAGUCCCUCGAAAUUAUUCGCGUCGUGUAAUAAUUAUUUCGUAACUAAUAUUAUCAUUAUUAUUCAUUACGCCAUUGACAAGAGGUCACACUAGGUAUACGCUAAUAUUUACGGCAAUGGUCCCAACCGGUGCCACCGUGGACCACCGCCGGACGGUAAACGGUGCUGUCCGAGGUUUGUGUCGAUUUUGAAUUCUGAGCAUAACGUAAGGUUUUGCUAAGAUGUGAAGUUUUUAUUUAAGCGGAUUUUCUACCAGAAAUGUUACUGCAGUCGAAAAAUGCAAUGAGAUCGUUUUCGUUGAAUUUCAGAUCUAGUUUGUGUAUUGAUAAGGUAAUUUGUUUUUAUUUUUAACCGGUUUUCAUAAUGUAGGGUAAAACUAAACGAAUUGCCAAUUUUUUAAAAAUGUUUAAAGUUUACAAAUAUUUAAAUUUUUUUCAUUACCACUAUUAAAUUAGCUAUUUUUAUAAACUCUAAAGAACUAAAGAAACUUAAAAAUUAAUAAUUAGUAAAUAUUUAUAAUAAUGACAUUUUGUUUCAAAAUAUAUUUAGAAAAUGGCAUUUUUGGAGUUAGUAAAAAAAAUUUGUUUAGCCCAAGAAAUAAUUGCAUGAAUAAAAUAUAUGGACAUACUUCGCACGAUGUGCAGACUACUAUAGUAGGUGAGAAGUUAAGAAUAUAUAAAAGAGAAUUUACUGUCAAUCUGUAAACAACGAUUAAUCAUUGCUAAUGAAAAACGAUUCUAAGCGGAGUUCGGAUAUAUAUUUAUGAAAAUAAUAGAUUUUGUAAAUUUUCCCGUUUUUUCCAUUUACCCCUGGAAAAAAAAUAAACAUCAUUUUAAAAUAAAUGCAUUCCUUACUCCGCUCAGAAUCUAAAAACUCAAAAUAUUGAACAGAAUAAAAGUAAUAUCAGGUGUCAGAUUUUCGUAUUACGCCAUGUAAAUACUUUUGAUUUUCAAAUAUCGACCUCCCUUUUUAAACACAGAUUCGUAUACAAAAAGUUUUAGUUACUAAAGCUUAAAAUGUAAUACUAUCAAUUUCACAUUUGAAGUAUAGCGAGAAUUUAGGUAUUAGUUUUACAAUAAUGUCAUUUUUUUUUCUUCUCUUUUUUUUCUGUGAACAACUUUUCUAACGGAAAUCUUGCUUCAAUAUAUAACUUCACCUCCUAAAGAAAAUGUUAUUUCAUUAGCACUUUAGGAAGGUCAUUUUUUGAUUUUUCCGGUAGUUUUCAUAAUAAUAGGGAAAAACGCAGGAAAAAGGGAAAAUUUCCAAAAAUAAUAAAAAUAUUAUUUUUAAUUUUGUUUUUAUGUUAUGAUUUAGGUUAAAAUAUUCGUAGACUUGAAAUCUCAUACUUCACUUUUUAAGUGUAGUAAGAUUAUCAAAAUAUUUGUGCCAUUUUCGAGCAAUUUAUAAUAGCACAAACUGACAUUUUAAUAGUUUUUACAUAAUUUGUACUUGGUAGGGACUCUGUGGAUAAAAUGUUUAAAACAAACAGAAAAGCUUGAAAAUUUAAUGUAGUAUUUUUUAACAGAAUUUUAAUAUCAAAAUUUAACGAAAAUUGUAAAUAUGACUUUCUUUUAAAACAUGUACAAUCAAACUUCGCUCUGAAUCGUUUUUCGUUAACAAUCGUUUGUUACGUACAGAUAAAAAUUAAAUUUACCUCUACAUCCUACAUUUUCAACGUCUCACUUACAACAGUGGCUCACCCGCCUUGCGAAAUAUGUCCGUCAUUUUAGAUGACAAAUUGAUAAUAAUCCUUUCUCCCCACUCUUCCGAUCUGAAUUUUAAACUAUUAUGGUUAAAUGGUCGACGCGACCGAAUAGUAUUAUCAAUAUCAAAAUGUUUAGAAAAAUAUUUUAAAUAAAAAUCUGUGUUAAAGAAGGCUUUAAAUUUAAAAAUCUAUUGACUAUACUAAUUUAAGUUGAAAGAGGAGAAAGCGUUCAAAAACAAUGGUAAAAUAAAGCUUACAUUGUUAUCACACAAUGGUUUAAAACAGAAAUCGAACGCAUUUAAAAUUCUACUAGAAAAUCGCUGGAUUUUGUUAAUAAUAAUAAAUUGCGGGCCACUGCAUUGUAUUCAUAUCGGGAUUCGAUGGUCAUUCGGUGCGGCGCAGGGGUUAGGUAACUUCAAAAACCCACUUAACAUCGUUUGAUAUCGCUAUUGGAAAUUGAGCGAUCCGGAUUAUUAUGUUCUGGAAAUUAAAUUUCGAACCACGCGAAUAUAAUAUGAUAAUCGCUAAAUAUAAUGCGCAUCAAUACGGAUGGCGAUAAUGGUGUAGGUUUUGUGUAUAGAUAAAUUAUUGUUUUACGAUGUUUUUCUUUCGCGGGGACUUUGAAGGCGGGAAGUACGCAAAGUUUACGCUGAAGAUGAUUGAAUAGUUUUUUUUCCCCUUUUUUUUUUCGAGACUAUAAACUUUACGAAACACCCUUCCGAAAUCGUGCAAACUAUAUAAUGAAACGCCGAAACGUAUAUAUCGUUUCGAUAAUUUGUAUCGCCCUUAAAUUUACAAGACAAUAUUAUUAAAAAAAUAUUUGAAAAAAAAUCGUUCAAAAACGCAUUAAGUUUCGAGUCGAUUAAUAAUGAAGUAGUAUAAAAACAUUCGGUCGGAUUCUAUCGUUUUUUUUCCCUUUUAUUUUGCAAUCUUUUCGAGUGAUGCGUAUUUGUUGAAACUUUUUUUUUUGCGUUCGUUCAAAUAAUAAACCGUUUAUGUUAAACUAUGUAUUAUAGGGUAUAUCUACUGGAUUUGACGAGUUCCUUUAAAAUUAUAUAGAGAAUUUUUAAAUUUCAGUUUAAAGUCGUUUAAAAGUUAAGAACUUAAAAAUUCGACCCUACACUGAACAACUGUAAAUAGAACGAGGGAUUAAAAAUAAAUGCGUAAAAAAUCUGAUAUUGCUAUGGAUGUGCUACAGUUGUAAGCGUAAAAUCGAAAAUUUAGGAAACAUAUAGAAAUAUAUUGGACUAAUUUUUCAGUGCAAAACAGUUUUACAAUCGAAUUAUGAGGGGGGAGGGAAAGGGAUAAUCAAGUCCUCUUAAAAAUAACAUUUCGUUUCGUUUUUUACUUUUUAACUUGCUAUGCCUAUAUAAUACCAGCUGUCCCGCCCAACGUUUCACGCGGACAGUUUGUAUUACGGCACAUACGCACAAAUUACGCACAUAUUGAUAUUAUACGAUUUUACAAUCAUACGAUUAUAUUACCAAUUAAUAACUCAAUUGUCAAUUGACUUAGAGAAUCGAAAAUAGGCGUAAUAGCUUCUCCGCGAUGUUACUCUAUCAUUUGAAAAAAAAAACCGCAUGACGAUUGAAUGAGUAGUUUCGGAGCCAACCCGUGACAAGGAUUUUCAUUUUCACAUAUACACAUAGCAUAAUAUAGUAUACAAAUGUGGAUAGUAUAUUUUAUAAAUAAUACAAUUUUAGAUUCCGAGCGCAGUGACGGAGCUAUUGGUUUUACUAAGAUGUUUUUUUUUUUGUUUUCUUCUAGUCUGUGGACACGUUUUUCCUAGUAAAAUUGCUCCGAUUUUUACGUGUAGCAAUUUUUCUGAAAGCUUUGUUGUCAAGUUGCCUAGAUUAUACUUUAAACAAGUAGUUUUUUUGAUUUUCGAUGCAAUUUUUUAAAUAAAAGCACUUAGGUGAAAUAAGCGUAGGAAAACGUACAAUUUUACGAUUUCAUUAUUUUGUAAAAACACGGACGACGUUUACUACCAGAAAAAAUGAUUUAAUCGAAAAAUCACAUGAAACCCUUUUCGUUGCCUUUUUUUUAUUUACUUUCUUAUGGUAUCAUGACUUUUGAGCCACUUUUGAACUUUUUGAAAUUUAAAUUUUUGGUAAUUAUUUUGUUGUAAUUCGGUUAUAAAUAUACGUAGAGACUCGAAACUCGGUAAUAAUACUUAUACUGGACGUACCUAGACGUGGUAAAAUUUUUUUCAAUAAGCAUUUUGAAAUUUAAUUUAAACGAAAGUUUAAAAUUUUUUUUCGCAAAAAAAAAUUACGGCAUUUCAAAUUAUGUAAUACCGAACUGCGCUCGGAAUCGUCUUUCGUCAGCAAUGGUUUAUCGUUGUUUACAGAAAUAAAUGAAAUAACCUUAUGUAUCCUACUUUCCAAACUUGUCACCUACAACAGUGGCCGUUCCCGUCCUCAGUACCAACUCUUUUUUUUUUUUUUUAUUAUUAUUUAUGUAUAUUAUACACUAUGAAAGGAAUGUAAACACAAAAUAUAUAGGUAUAGCGUACGUGUUUUUGUUUUAUUUUUAUCUAUAUUUCCAGUACGGAACUAAUUUAUUUAUCGCGUAAACAAUAUUUCGUGAACAUACGACGAAUAAAAAGUUUAGAAUAAACAGCGAAUAUAACAGUAUAUAUAGGGAAGAGAAUAUUUUACCGUCAUCUCGUCGUGCGAGUGGGGUCCUCUCCCCCAUCAUUCCUCCCCACUGUCAUCGAAUAUAAUAAACAAUAAAUAUACAUACACUUAGGUCAUAAUAUAUAUAUAUAUAUAUAUCAACUAUACUGUAUCGAACAAUCAAUACUUUAAAUUGGCUCGCCUAUAAAAUAUAUUGCAUAUAUUAUUAUAUUAUUAUCGUAUACGCUAUUAAAAUAAAAAUGUAGUUCGUUUUUUUCAAUUUUGCAGCGAACUGUUUUUAUUUACUAUUAUGCUGGUCGAGAGUCUCAUCUAAAGUCUCGCUGAAUGUGUACUGCUGGCAUAAAAAAAUAAAUAAAAAUAAAAUACGUUCAACCGAUUUUUUUCACGUGCGUGUGCGUGUGCAUAUCUUAAACUCAUGCAAAAAACACAUUUUACAUACGUAGAUAAAUACAUAAAUGAGUAUAUAAAUACAUAAAUUGAUCAAAAACGAUUCGACAUAUCCGGUAUAAACGGGGCUGGAUUUGAGGGGGAAAGGGCCCCAGUCUCUCGGACCCCAAGGGUUUCGAAAAAUUCAACUCAUGUUGGAUCUCCAUAGAUUAAUAAGUCCAAAUAUUGUGAGGUUUUUUUGCUUCUUAUGAAUGGAGAUGGACAGGACAGGGAUACACAUAAUCCCUCGAUUCUGUUAUUUAUUUGAUAAUUGCUCCUACACAUUAUUGCCAUUUACACAUUAAUCAUAAUAAUUGUUUAGGUUAGCACAAUUUAUUAUCAUUAGGCAGGUUAUUAGUAUUAAUUCCAGGGUGGGGGUUUUUAUAGCGUUUACGUAUUUUUUAUAAAAAUGCUUAAGAAAUAACAGUGUACGCUUAAAAUUUGUAUCAUGAUCCAGGGAACUAAAAUGUAAAAUUUAAUAAAAUUAUAAAUUAUGAUUUAAUCACUAUUUUUAACAGAGUGGGUUCUUUUUUAGCACAAAUUCAAUGAAAAUAGUUAUCUUAAUAGUCGCUCUUUCUGUGAAUAAUCUAAGCGUUUUUAUUACAUUUACGCGUGGAUCAAAUAAAAUAUAAUAAAUUUAUUUUUUAAAGAAUAUUUCUCAAUUUAUUGGUAUUAUCAUUAUCCAAAAAGAUAACUGCUUACUACACAAAAUGCUUUUUUUAAAAAAAAAAUUGAGAAUUUAGAAACUUCUGAGCUACAAUCUGCUGCAAGCCGCCUUGUUAGUAUUUACACCAGUGAUUUAGAAUCUUCAAAUGGUAGUUAAUUCAUAUAGUUCAAUUAAUUUGACAGCAUGUAUAAAGAAACGCGUAUACAUAAUGGACAGUGGGAAAUAUUUUUACACAGGAUUAUUAACCAACAUAAUGUAUACAAUAGACUAACGUAGAAAUAGUGUUGCGUAUGUAUUUAAUCUUGACGGUGCCAAACUCUAGCGGAGAUCCGUCACUUUCAAAAAUGAAAUUAAUCAAAAACAGUUUAUGAACUUCGAUGACACAAAGCCAACUAUUGAGUCUUGAUCUUUUACGUAUUGAAAGUGAUAUACUUAGAUCAUUCGAUUUUUAUCAAAUGGUUACCAAAUUUGCAGCAACGAAAUCUCAACGAGCAUUAAUAUUAUACAAAAUAUUAUUUAAGUACAGUGCUCCAUAUAAAUUCAACGUUAUAUUAUAAUAAUUUGUUUUUCAUAUUAAUCGUUUUUCGUCAGCAAUGGUGUCAGGUAUAAAGUAAAUUCCCCUCUAUAUCCUAUCUUUCCAACUUUUCACCUACAACAGUGGCCCACCCAAAGUGUCAAGUAUUUCUGACUAUUUCUUAUUAUAAUCAUAGUAAAAAUAAUCGUGAAAAUUGAAAUUUUUGUUGAAUAUUUAUGUAAUUAUAUAGUAUAUUAAAAUACUAACAUUAGCAAUUGCUAACAAAUGUGAUAUAAUUUUCGAAUUUUUUAUCUGUAUAGAUAAUAAUGAUGUUUCUAUCGUGUGUUAAAUUAUUUAUUAACUAGGUUAAAAUAAUUAAAAUGGUAAUAAUGUAUACAAUUUUAGAAUAAUAUUUUAUGUCAAUAUGAGUUUCAUAUCCAUCAGUGCCUGUAUAGCUUCAACUGCAGUUAUCUUUUUGGCCGACUUCCUUGAGUGACUACACCAAAUACCUAUACCUAUAACGGUCUACAUUUCUACAAACUUUGCUCCCGUUAGUUCUAAAAUUAAUGUUAUCAUGACAGUAUGAUGCAGUAUUAUUUGAAUUUCAACCGUGUAGGAAAAUAUAGAAAAAUAGAAUAUUAACCGUCCCCCUCUUCAAAAAAAAAAACCCCCUCCUAGCGAAACCUUUCAACAAAACGUUUCAGUUGAUUUCGUGAUAAAAGCUGUAUUAUAUUAAACGCGGAUAGAAAUAAGGUUCGGUGACGACGUGUCGACUUUUUGAAAAGGAUCCAAAACAAACGCGUUAUUCGCAUUGAAAAGGCGUGGGUUUUGACGUGAGCGCAAUUUUUACGACUGCACCUUACCACUACGCGGGUAUUAUAGUUUUCCCGUUAAACUCUAAUUGAUUAAUCGUCCGAAUGAAACUCUGGGGAAUUAAUAUAAAGUGCGAACUCUCAACGCGAUAGUAAUAAUAAUAAUAAUAGCACUUAGAACCGACGGAGCUCACGGGUUUUUAUAAUAUAAUAAACAAAAACAAUUUAUAUUAUACAUUCUCUUCUAGGGAAAAACUUUCUCGCGCCGGUCAUUCUUUUUUUUUUUUUUUCUAAACAUUUUACAGAUCUUCGCAGUAGACAUAUAUGAUUUUCGAAAAAUAUAAUUUCAAAAGCUACCCAGAAUCAUUUAAAUUAUUUAUGUAAUACGGUUAAAAUACUUAUAUACUCAUAAAUAUAAUUUUUAUCGGGGAUGUGUCUUUAGAAGAUAAACUCUCACCCCCGACCUCGCCGCCUGUUUCAAUGUUAACAAAGAUUUUGACAACUGCUUUUACUCUUUUGAUAAAACUUGUUUCGUUCAAUUCCUUAUCGUUAAAAAAAAAAAUUAAAUAUUCUAACGGCAACAAGUCAGACGGGAGAAAAUUUGACUUUAGUGGCGGAGUUGUGUUGCUCGUGUGGUUUAUUUUUUUUUAACCGUUUUUUAAGUUUUUAAAACGAAUUAGUUUAACAUUUUUUCAAUUGCAGCUACAUGUUAAUGUUAAACCAAAGGCUUUUUUUUCUUGAUUUAAUUCAACUCAACUUAAUCAAUUUAAUUGUUAAUUAAUCAUGAAUAACUUGCUUUGCUUCACGUUUGCCUAAUCUAUAACCUAAUUAGAAACGUCUAGUUAUAAUAGGUGAGUAAUAAUUAAUAACGUAGUCAAGAACAAAACAAUUGGCCAUACAAAGUUUAUAAUUAUAUAGUUCGCCCGGAUUAUAUAAUGCGCGAAUACAUUGGUGGUAGCACGAGUAUUUGUAAAUGUCGUCAUAAGUAAGUGGAUUCGGAGUCUUUUACUUAUGAUUGUCCUGCAGAACACAAUAAUUAUGUUAGCCGAUCGAAACUUGCAUCAAGAAAAAAAAUCGUAAUUUCGGAUUUAGGUUUAAACGGGUGGGAAAACACAUGGUCCAGCGCAAAUGUUGACGAACGGAAACUAAAAUAUAUGAUUCAAUGUGGACUCGAAGAGAUUCUAAAAACGGAAAAAUCACGGUCCACAAAAACUACAGUGUUAUUAAAAAUGAUAUGGUUUCAAAUUAAUUUUAUAAUGAUUGGUUUAAAUUCUGUUUUAUCAAAUUAUAUAUUAACUAUUAAAGAUAAAUCCCAAGUUUUGAAAUAACAUUGAUAAAUUAAAUUAACGAUUAAACAUUAAUUAAUUAUUGAAUUAAUUAAAUUAUUACGAUAAGUCAAUCACCACAAAUAAAUGGCGGCACAAAUCUAAAUAGAUACAAAUAGUGCAAAGUGACUUUCGUCGUCGUUACGAGAUCGAUGCAUCAACUGCUCAGAACAUCCGUCGACGGUAUAACCAGUUUUUAGAAACUGAGUGGUUGUGCGAAGGAAAAUGCAUAAGGUGACCUCGGGAAUCUGAAGAUAAUGUGGAAAAAAAUUGAGAGAGUUUUCAACGCAGUCCGAUUAGAUAUUAUUCAGAUGACUAAGGAAAGCCAUAUAGAACGUUAACUGUUAACGACACUUAAAAAAGUUAUAAUUACCACCAACUAAAUUACAAAUAUCAUUAUAUUCGUAUAAUAUAUUACUUUAAAUUUAAAAAAAAUAUUCAAACACUUGAAAUCGGAUAAGUUAUUUUAAAUACCGAAAGAUUCGAUAAUAAACGGAUAUAGGCCUAAGGCGAAUAAGAAGAAUUUUAAUAUUAUUUUAUUCUGACCUUAAAGAUAAUAAGUUUCACUUUGAGAAAAACCGUCGGACUUAUUGAUAUAGUCGUGUAUAGUUAGUGAAGUUUCGGAAUAUUCGGCCAUAGAAAUAAAUAGUUACUACGGCUUCGGAUCCACGAACCAUAAACUUAUUAUACGAAAAGUUUUCCGCCAUCGUCGUCAGUUCUGCUCAUUUUAUACGUCAGUGUAGACGAGAGGUAUAACAUUUAAGUAUAAUAGUAUAACAAUCGCCUCGAUAGGACCGAAUAAAUACUUGACGAAAUUAUAAUACGCAGCUGCACUAUACUAAAAGUUCCGAUAAAAUAUCGUGUGUCGUAAAAUACGAGUAUCAUAAUAAUAAAACUUUCUUAUAAUAUACCCGACUAUUAAAAAUACAAAUUUCCAACAGGCUUUCAAACUUCUGCUGCUAAAUCUUCGUAUGAGUAUACCUGGUGGUGACGGAUUUCUCCGUAACGGAAACAUAAACUUAUCGAGUUUUUUUUUACCUACUCAGCACGUUCAUUUUUCGGACGUCGGUAUUCCGAAAACUGUAAGAAAAACAAAUUCCACACACCGAACAAAUCACUGUAAAGUGUACCUAUUUAUUUUACUAAGACGUUGUUUUGUGUUUGAAAUCAAAUCUUCAACCAGAAUUAUUGUUCUGGUGCCGAGAGUAUUUUCAGGAGUGAACAAAUGUGUCUGGGGAAUUUUCGUUUUUCUGAAUAACGAUAAUGAAUCAGAAGAAAUGUCGGUAAACGGGAAUAUUCACUGAACAACGUGUUGUUCUGCAACGGUUUCUAAUCGCCCAUCGUUUUCGCCAAAUCUAUUGCAGCCUAUAUUACUGUUUGAGAACUCCUAGUCAUAAUGAUGAUAAAUCUAUAACCUGUGGACGGAGAACCAUAGGAGGAUAACGGUAUUCGGGAUAAACCGUUUGAUAUUGAAGUACAUAAACUACUGUAUACGUUAAAGUUAUGUUUACUACCAACUUAAAAAAAAAAAAGGUUAAAAGACGUCUUAAGUCUUUAAACGCACUCAAAGUGUAUGUACUAAGGAAAAUAUUUCUUGAAUGCAAUUUAUUAAAUAGUGUACAAAAAUUACAUUAAAAAAAUUUUAAAAAUUGAGUAUGUGGUUAAUAGAAACAUUCAAAAUUGAUGUCCAAAUUUGUAAUACAAAUUUAAUUAUAAAAUUUAUAAUAAGUAAAAAUUUGGGUGCCAAUGAAAAUCACCUCUAACGAUAACCCUGUGGCUCUUGAGUAAAACUAAAUGGUUCUCAAACUAUAAUUUAUAUAGAUAAAAAAAGAUUAGUUGGAAACGAACAUUAUUCACAGUACCGAAAACGAUAACCACUCAAUUUCAAUAGGUAUUAUAACUUCCAAAACUUCCAAUAAUUUGUUGUUUCUUGUGAUCAAUUGUCGAAUGUUUGUGGCGGAAUCAAUACUAAUAUUCCAGUAUAAGAUUUUUUUUUUUUUUCUUAAGUUGGUUAUAGGCGUAGCAGUUUCUCUAAAAGUUUAGACAAACUUAGAAGAAGUGAUAUCGGUCGAUAUGAUCUGACAUCUUCUGGUGGUUUUUCCGGUUUGAGCAACAUGGUCACUUGUGCCUAUUCCCAUUGUUCUGAAACUUAUUCCAUGCGCAAAAUAGCACUGUGUGUGUGCGUAAGAUAAAUGAUGACCUUUUUUGAAAGCUCUUUAAAUAUUUUUAGACUUAUUUCAUCAUAUCCUGGAGCUGUUUUGGAGUUUAAGUUUUCUUUAAUUCUUAGGCAAUUUCUAACGGAGUGAAAUUAAUUUUUUUAUUAAACUUUUGGUGUUGCGCAAUGUCAAGCUCAGCAUCAAUGGAAUUUUGUAAAAAUACAUAUUUUAGGUGCCGAAUAGAUGAUUCGGCUUUAUCUUGUUCCUUACGAGCACACGUACCAUUUUCUUUGCAGAUGGGUGAUACCUGAACACAAGAUCUCUUCAUGUAACUUGCGGCUUUCCAUAAAAAAUAAUCGAUAUUAUCCAUUGCACUCUAGUAUGAUUUUUUUACUUUCUUUGAUUUUGUCAUGAAGAAAUUUUCUUACACGGUUCCAUUCAGUUUUAUCCGUUGAAUACCGUAUACCAUGUUUUCUCUCUCGACGUUUUUGUUGUAGCUACAGGUGUUGCUAUUUUUUUUAGCCGCAAUAAUAAUACCGCUGGUUAAUUUUAUUUCUAAGAUUUCAAUGUCAGCUAUUGUUCUUAGUCGAGUUGGUUUCUUCCAGGACAUUUUUGAAUACGUCUCGAUUUGAUCUUUUGUUUAUUUUUAAAGCUUUCUUUUGUUUCACCAUAUUAUGCGACUAAUUUCGAAUUUUUUGUUGUAUUCUGUAUAUUACUGUGUUUUGAAGAUGAAUAAAUAAAAAAAUUAUAUAUACUCAAGUAUGCAUCGUCGGUGAAAAUCCAAUAUCGAGAGAAAAUUGUAUUGCCCAUUUCAUUCGUGAACUUUUUAGAACACGCGUGAAAAAUAUUAUAAAAAAAACUUUUUUUAGGAGAAAUUCGAUUUUAAAUAAUUCAUGCUCCCCAGUCCGGCGUUCGCUUAUUCACAAAGUUCAUCGUUUCAAAUAACCUGCCAAAAUAUUAUUUUUUUUGUUUUCUUUUACAUUUGUUAAAUUUAUAUUGUUUUAUCCGUUAAAAUAAUAUAAAAGUUUUAAAGUUUUUGUUGUAUCUAUAAUAUGACUCAAACAAAUGCAGUUUUUUCCUAUUGACAGCGUUGGUUCAUCAAGUAUGGACAUAUCAUGGGGAGAAAGGAAUCAUAAGCAGUAAAAAUUGUAAUGAAAAUAAAUAAGUAAUGUUGGAGGAAUAUAGGAAUAACGGAGAGAGGAAGGCCGAAAAAGAGAUGGUAGGCAGCGAUUGAGAAUGAUAUAAGGACGACGGGUUUAAAUGAGAAAGAUUUGUGGGAUCGAUUCAAGUGAAAAUUUAAGACGAGGGUGGCCAAUCCAGAAUAGCUGAGAUGAAGACGAAAGAGAAUAAGACACUACAGAACAAGUCACAAACGUUCCUCACUUCGAUUGGAGUCUAUAAAACAGUAAACGAAAAAUAUGUCCGACAACGGCAAUAUUUUUAAAGAUACUUUCUUUUUUUUUUCAAGCAACUACAGUUGUCACGUUAGUAAAGCAUUAUUAAACAAUUUCAAUAAAUAUCGUGUAUAUGUAUGUGUAUUACAUGGCGUUGACUUUUAAACUUUAACCCUAUUCAACUUGUAUUAUUUUAUCUAUAUAGACGACUCCGCGAACAAUUAUAAAGUUUACACUUUUUGUUGACUUUAACUGUACUCUGGUACCGACUACCCGAUAAGCGUCACGAUAAGUAAUUAAUAAACUUUUCCAAAAUGAAAACGACGACGUUUUUGCCAGCCGAUGAUUAUAUUGUCGUCCAGGGCGGCGGCACUUGGUGACUGCGACGCCUUCGAGUAACAUUCGCAAUAACGGUUCUCGUCGUCGUCCGUUAGUACAAAAACCAAAAAAACAUAGUAAUUUAUGCUACACCGCCAACACAACAAUAUUGUACCUCCUAUGAAUGGCGUAUUUGCGCGGAAGAUUAGAGAGAAAUAAUAUCUCACCCCUUGACCCUUUUUUUAUAGUAUCCAUUAUUAUUUAUUUGCAGUGUUGGGCAAAUCGUAAUCUGAUUAAUGAUUAAAGAUUACGGUCGAAAUUUGUAGUUGUUAAUCAUAAUAUAAAAUAAUGUAAUCAGUAAUCACAAUAAAAAGUUAUUUUAAAUGAUUAAAUUAAUAAUGUAGUCAUAGUAUUGAUUAAGAUUACAAAAUACACGAUUGAUUUUUAACGAUUAAUGACAUUAAUGAAUAACAGUCAUGCAUAUUUUGAGAUAAACAUUAUUUCGCUAUUUGAGUCCACUAGUCGAAGGUUUUCCACUUGAAUAGUAGUGAAAAUGUACCCGUCGCCAACAAAAAUGCCCGCUAUUGGGAGAUGUCUCCAUUAGAGGAGGCUUACACUGUAAUACUUAUGUGCAUUUCAUUGCAUUAUACAAUUAUACAUAUUCAUCUAAAUACUUCUUACUUACUACAGUUAUUUAUAUGUAUAAUGUAUUCUGUAUAAUAUAUUAACACAAUUUCUAAAUGCGAUAUCUCUUUCCUCGGCAAAAUCCUAAAUCCACCACUGCGUACUAUUAAUCCUAAUAACAAAAAUCUCGAAUCUCAAAUAUAAAAAUCGUAGGUAGCUUAAGUUUUAUGUGUAAAAAAAAAAAAAGACUUGAAACUAUUGAACGGUAUAAUAAUUAUUGAACUUUAUAUCUUUGUGAACCAUACACUGAAUAAUAUUUUUAAUUAUAUUUGAUUUUGUUGGAAAUAUUACUUUUGUGGUAUAAAAAAGUGUAUAUACGUUACAAAAAAAAAAUAAAUACAUUUUGUCGGUUAAAACCAACUCAAAAUUAUAAAUCGACUAAGUAAUAUGAUACUAAUAUUGUGGUCUUGAUUUGAAUUAAUAUUUCAAAAGUUGGUCAAAUAACGAGAGUCAAUAUUAAAUUCGAACUUAAAUACUGGCAUAAUUUUCGCUAUCGUAAUUUAAAAUAACUGAAAAAUGAUUCGAUUUUUUUUUUUUGGUUAUCAUUUUUCAUUAAAAUAAUGUUAAUUUAAUGCGGAAAUUAAAAUGAAUUGAUUCACCAGAAACGAUUGAUUAAUUGACGGCGGUCACGCAUCACCCUCGGUACUGUGGUGUAAUAACUUUGUGCGGUUUUCGUGUCGCGCGUGUUUAAACGCCGUGGACUCACGGAAUUCACCAUACUUACGUUUUUCUCACCCUUGUUCUCUGCACUUCCGCAAAAAACUAAAAACCUGACAAUAAAAUAAUCGUUUUAAAAACGCGUUAAAAUAUUAAACAGACGCGUGGUAAAUGCGCUCUUUCAUUUGUUCAGUCGUUUUCGGCGGUGGCACGAUCGUUUUGGACAACACAAUAAUAAUAUUAUUAAAGGUUAGGUUAGGUAUCUACGCACGCGAUUACGAUAAUUUGUCGGUAUUUUUUUUUUCUACCUCAAAACGACCAUUCAAUAUUCCGCGCGGACCGUCCGAUGUUAACUCCACUUCUGAGCGAAGCGAAAAAUGUAUUGGUUUUAUUAUAAUGGAUUUUUUUUUUCUUUUCUGUGUACCACUUCUAUACCAGACAUUUUGUUCCGAUCAAAAACUUUAUAUGAAAAUUCUUGUAAGUUUUUUUUAAAUAAUUGGUGCGUUGAAGUGGCUCCGUUUGGUUUUUUUUUUAUUUUCCUUGUGGUCUUUUAAAAUAUGAGAAAAACUGAAAUUGUAUUACGUAAUUUUUAUUUUUAGAUUACCUUAGCAACAAGACAAAAAUACGAUUGACAAUACUCUUCUCAGAACAGCUUUUCGUUAACGAUGGUUUAGCGUUGAUACAGAUAUAAAUUAAAUUACCCCAAACAUCCUCAUUCCUCACUUUUUAACUUUUCUCUAAAAACAUUCCGUCAAUUUAUUGGGUCCUAAUAAACACAUUUUGUACUCGUCAUAGUAAACUUUAUUGCAGUUUGGCAACACUCCUAUUUGUGCUUCGCCCAAUCUAAGCAACUUUUUUAAACAACUAUAGUUGGCUAUUUUACUAACUAUAUGCCUGAAAUGACAACUAUAGCCAGACUAUACAACUACGUGUAGACAUAUAUACGAAUAUAUUCCAUUUUACUAGCAAGACGUCGUCAGCUAGCUAUUACAUAGCUGUUAUGGCCUACCGUUACCCUUCUAUAGUUGAUAGUUUUGUUUUAUUUAUUUUACAUUUUUACCAUAAUUUAUAGUGCAUGUUUUUCAACGACAAUUACGUACAUUAAUAAUUUGUUAAUUAUUAUAAUUAUUUUACGACAUAGACCGAUAAAAUCGUGUUCGUUUAAACACGACAGACCCCCUGCGAACAACCCUUUAAUUAAUAUUUAUUUAGGUGCGGUAUCCGUGCAAGUUACAAUUAAGAAAACAAAACAUAAAUCGAAUUCCAACGAUAUUGUAUUGAAAUUAAAAUCGUCACGAUGUAAAGUUUUAAACUGCACUACUUCAUUAAUGUUCUGUAGCACUAAACCUAUAAUAUAACACCGAAAAUUCAACAAAAAACCACAUUCCGUUAAAAACCAAUUGUUCUUCGAAUAUCAACGGGUUUAACCGCAGUUGGCCGGUUAUACUGACGAUGACAAAAUAUUCAUAAUUCGCAAAGUUUUCACUAGAUUCACGAAUAAAAUGAAUUCAAACAUUCCAUGCAUAUUAUGACGAUACAAACAGAUCGAAAUCUAAAUACGAAAAAACAUCGGCUUUUUCUGACAUGAUAUUGGUACCGUAGGACUAUCAUAAAAUGCUAUUAAUAUCUUAUUUGACUCGUUAUUAUUAUUAUCUGUCUAUAUCUAUCUUGGGGAUUGUUUGUCGUCCAAGACCAAUUCUUCAACUAUAUUUAUCCAUCAUCAAAGUUGUCUGAUUCAUUUCCUGAAACUUCCACAUCCUUUUUAACCGAAUCUCCCCACCACAUUACCACAUUAUCAGUCUUAUUCCCAAAUAGUGGCGUAUAUAUGAGGGGGAGGGAAAUCAGAAAGAUAAAUCUCCCGCAUUUAAAUUUGUUUAAUAGCUAUUAUACAUACGAAUAUCCAUUUUAGAUUCUAAGCGGAGCGAGGAAUGUAUUGGUUUUACUAUAAUUUCUGAAUAGCGUGUGGAAAUUAUAAUACAAUAUUAUGUCGAAUUACGUGCGCAGUUUUUUAGACUGAGUCAAGUUUUGUUUGCGAUAUUUUUUUUGUAAUUUUAUAUUUUGCGAAAAAUUCGUUAGCUAAUAUUUUUAUUUUUUUUUUUAUUUUACGAUUUAAAAUUUAUUUUUACUUAGACCAAGUAAUUGGAUUUUUAAGUAAAUACGAUCUACAUAUUUUUUUGUGCAUACCCAUCUCUCAAUAUUAUUGUAUAAAAAUUGAAUAUUAUAAAAAAAGCCAUGCAUGCAACUCUGUUGUCAACCAAUAUCACUAUUUUUUGGACACGCACUUUGGAUGUAGCCGAAUGUUGUUUUACAAUGAUGUUUAUAAUUUUUUGUUUUUAUCUGUAAACAACUUUUCUAGCAGGAACCUUACUCUGAUCAUGGAGUGUUGUACCAUUUCCGAAAGGAAAUUUUAUCGAGAUAGUCAUUUUUUUGAUUUUCCAAAGGAUUUUCAUAGUAAAUGGGAAAACGUAAAAAAAACGGAAACUAUUAAUAUAAAUAAAUAGUAAGAAGUACCUAAUUUGGCGUUUUUUAAUUUCUUUCAUAAGUAUUAUUUGCCUUAUUGCUGAUAUUUGCCCUGAAUGAAUGUAGCAUCCUGUGCCCUUUUUUUAUAAGUCCACACCUAAUUGAUAACAGUCCUCAGGUUUUCCAUAGUAUUUUCCUGUUGAGUAACAAUAUAAAUGUAUUUUCUUCCUAAUAAAAAAUAUAAUAAUAAACACCUAUUUGCAAUUAUAAUAUAUUGUACAAAUAUUAGCUUAUAAUCUCGCAUACGCGUUUCUCCUCCACGAAGUAUAUGAUUUUACAAUAAUAAUAUUAAGUGGUUUACGCGUGGAACUCGAAAACUAUAAACAAACUUUUUUCAAGCGUAUAUUUUAUUAUUAUUAUUAGUUUUUUAUUAUUGUUGUUUUUAUUUCAUUUACUAAAAACUUUUUUUUAAAAAAAUACUGGGAAAUUCUAUACACCAUAGAGUUUCAGGAGUCACAAGUAGGGACUGAGACCGGACCGAAGAGAACCGGUUAUGGAACCCAAAACCUUGUGUAAAUUAAAAAACCGAAAAUAACCGUAAUCUGUAUUUUGCAUUUGUAAAAGACCAUAACCAAAACCAAAACCCCUUAUUUCUGGCCACGUCAGCCGUAUGUCAGCGCCCUUGAUGGCUGACGAAGACCGUCAAACGACCCAUGAUAUAAUAGUAUGUAAUAUUAAUUUAUAUGUUACACGAUAACAUCAGUAACGGAUAAUUUCUAUGAACGAAUUUAAAAUUUAUUUUUAGAAUAAAACUGGAUUUUUGAAAUUUUUUAUACAAAGAUACACAGUACAUACUACAUACACCACACGUAUUGUAUAUACGCUUUCACAGUAGGUACCUAAAUGAAAGGAUGAAGCAAAAAAUCACUUCUGUUCUUUUUUUCUUUUUAAUUAAGUUAUACCUAUAUUUUUAUGUGUCCCUAUGUUUCCAUUGUAUUAUAAUACAACCUCUACGUGUAUUUAAUGUAUUAUAUUGUAGCCUAAUCAAUAGUUUUUAUAUUAUUAAAUAUUUUAUUCUAUAAUAUAAUUUUAAAUAAAAAUUAAAAACCUGAACCCUAACCAGAACCGUUAAAACCAUUAAGUUUUCGGUCCCUGGUUACGAGGUAGUGUAUAGUAUAGCUGGUAAAAUAAAAUAAAAAUAAAAAUGCUUCGAGAUGGAAUGUUGUCGGCGAUACGCGGCCGCCGUUUCCGUCUUGUCUGAUUUCACGGUUUCCGGAGUUGAAACUUCCUGUUUAUUCCCGAUCACUAUGUACUUUAUACUGCUGUAGCUAGUGGACAACUGUAAUAUAAAAUAUAAUGCGGUUAAACAAAACGACAAAAAGUUAAACCCCACGUCGUGAGGUCGUAAUAAUAUCCGGUGAUAUUAAAAGCAAAAUAUUACAAUACUAGGUAUUAAUAAUUUAUUGAUUUCGUAUAAAUUAAACACGAUGAUUUGUGGCAGAUUUAAGGAAGCGACAUGUUUAUCAACACCUUUCAUAGUCAAAAUGAAUUCGUUGUAUUUUAUCAGAAAUCUUGCUCCAAUCAAAAGAUGGCAAACGAGAUUUUUUUAUAGCAUUUUUGAUCUAGUUAGUGCAGUAAAAUAGCCGGUUUUUGAUAUUCCUUAUCGUUUUCUUAAUGGAAACUAACAAUUUUUCGUACAAUUUAUGUUGAUCUUAGUUAGCUUGGCAGCAAGGGAGAAAAUAUAACUAAUAAUACUUUGGUCAGAAUCGUUUUUCGUUGAUAAUGGUUUAUCAUUACAUACUCAUGUAAACAAAAUUACUCUAUAAACCGUUCAUCACAACUUAUCUCCUAAAACAGUGGCACAACCAUCAGCAUUAUCAGAAUUUUAAAGAAAUACUUCAUACGAUGGGUGGGCCACUGUUGUAGGUGAGAAAUAGCGAAGAUACAGGGGAAAUUUAAACAUUGCUGAUGAAAAUCAAUUUAUACAUGUUUUGAAAGGCAUGUUUGAUUUACGAUUCGAAAAUAAUACAUUUUGUAAAUUUUCCCGUUUUUCCAAUUUAUUGAGAAACUCUUAAUCAAAAAAUUAUCUUCUUAAAGUACCAUCCGAGUUUAAUUUCAACAAAGAUGAUACACAUGAAAUUAGAGUCAAAUUUCUGGUAGAAAAGUUGUUCAAACAAAUAAAUAAUAAAUAAACAUCAUUGUACAACCAAAAAAAAGUCCAACUCCACUCAGAAUCUAAAAAUUUUAAUUGAAUUACACAGAUAUCCAAUGGUUUAACUUAGGAGAGAGGAAUGGUGUACGUUUGAGCGUAAAAAAAAACCCUUUUUCCUUGAAAUUUGUUUUGAGUUCCGGUCUUUUAUAUAUCUAUUAUAACUUCUAUUAAAUGAGCUUCAGAUCCAUCACUGUGGUGAUGGGAAAGUUUGUUUAUUUUUCUGAUCACUUUAUUAUUAUGAAAAUUCAACAUAAACUUGGCGGGAUAACGAAGUACAAAACUUUUUGUCUUUUUUUUUUUUUUACAAGAUUCGGGUAAAAAUUAAAUACAGUUUGAUGACUUUCCACGACGUUUUGUUAUUUCAAAAUUUUUAUACUGCUUAUGGUUUUAAUAAUAAUAUUAUUUGUUGUAUUUAGUUGCCGGAGCAGUGAGACGAUGAGAUAGGAGAUUGUAUUUAUGUAAGAAUAAUAAUUGAAGUUCGCAGCAAAUAAAAUUGUACUAUUCAUAUUAUAUUAUGGUGGUGGGUGGUGAUGGUGUUUAAAAUCAGUGAUGGCUCGUCAGGUGAUGCGAGUGAGGCGCUGCUUCAUCUAAGUAUACUGCCGUUUUCUUACUCCAAAAUAUAUACAUUUUACAUAAAUUUCAUCUUUCGAAAUCGUAAAAAUGAAUUUUGUUCAAAAUAUUAUGAUAUUAAUCAUAAUAAUUAUUAUCAUGACAACAGCACCUCAUUUUCCAAUAGUACUUAUACCCGUGUCACCUGCAAGUGUGUAUAGUUAACGCCCCUUGACUUAUGUCUAAUUCCCUCCCCCCGAAACCAACCGGUUUUAUUUUCGUUCAGGAUAAUAUUGUGUCUCACACGUAGCCCACGAUUAUGUCAUAAUAUGUAACUUUUUCGACACAGUCCAACGCACGUAUAAAUACAGGAUGAUUAUUAUAUCGUUGAACACUCAAUUUUUCGAAGUGUUGAAUUAAAAAACUAAAAAUAAAACUAUUUUGAAAAUUUAAGAUGUUUUAGAUGCUUAUAUAUUUAAAAAAUUUUAAGAUGCUUUAAAAUGUUGCUUUAUCGUUAUUUUUUUUUUUCAUUUAUACACCUAAUAUAUACAUUUAUUUUUUUUUUUUGACGGGAGAUGAAAUGACAAUUUACUGUCUUACUAUUUUCAAAUGACUACUUGCAUUAAAAAUCCCAUAAAUGUAUGGCGUAAUUGUUAAAAUUAAUAUUGGUCUUAAAAUGUUUUGAAUUACGUUAACUCGUUAACAAAACAUUCCACUUUUAAGUUUAGGUAGGGGAUUGUGGUGGAGCAUCACUAGUAUGCUGGAACGGCCCCUGCUCCACUACUCUCCCCUGCCAAAAAUAACUCUACGUCUAUUUAUGUAAUUUUUGAUUUAGUUUUGGCCGCCAAAUUUGUAAAAAACAAAAGUAGGUGAUGGUAGUGGUUUCACCCUCGAAAAUAAUAAUGACAUGGUAAUGUAACAUUAUAGACCGCUGCUUGUUUCUCAAAGAAUAAAAAAAAAAUGUUUCGAAAAAAGUAAAUCCUUUUCGAAUUAAUGAAAGUGUCCAACGGUAAAAGAAUCAACCUGAACAUUGUAACAUUGUAUUUUUGGGGGGAAAACAAAUUAUCAAAACGCAUCAUUGUGGCAAUAUUAUAUAGGCAGGUGUUUCGCGAAACGCACGCACAGCGCAUUUUUAGUAAUGUUAUUAAUAUAAUAAUAUUUAAUCGCGUCACUGAAUAAACGAUAUUUAUAUCGAACCGAUAAUAAUAUUAUGAACAAAUGGUUGCAAACAAUAUUAUUGUAAUGAUGACACAUUAAACUAUGAACAUAAUAUACACAUAUACAUAAUCGUUUCUAUCUUUAGGUUCAGUAAGUCGGUGAAAAGGAGUGGCCAUUCGGCGGGAACCGACGAUAAGAACGAGGGUCAAUGGUGAGUCAAUGUUGUAGCACGGGUGACGGUUACCGGGUUCGUUCUGUGUACAGAUUGCGACGCUGCGCACUGCUGAUAAUAUUGUUAUUAUUUUAAUAAGGUGGUGGCGUGGUGACGGAUCGAACUACUGUUUGUAUUUUGUGUCUUUUUUUUUUUUUUAAUGUGUGUCUUUGCUGCCGCCGCCACCGCCGCCGUCACCUCACUAAUACUUAAUCGUGACUUUAAAUGAACAGGCGUUCUACAAAAAUGUUCCGCUGAAAAUGACUUAGGUACGAAAGAACGAGAGCUAUAGUGUUCCCCGAUCUUGGAGGAAAAAGACAGCGAGUACCAGAAAUGCUAUACUUUUUGUAAUCACCAUGGGUCCUAUUCUCAAACUCAUACGAAUAGAAUCUAUGCACGAAUUAUAUUCACUGACUAUAUUUCCGUAUACGACUGAAAAAUCCCAUUCUCAAACUACUCGUAUCCGUGUACGAAACUUUGUUACAGUAAACGUUCGUAGGAAAAUGAAUUGAAUUAAUACAGUUAUGUCGCAAAAUAUUUUAUUUGUCACUAAUAGAGGUCCAUAAUCAAGAUAAUAUUAAAUAAUAUUUUUUCAUAAUAUACUUCUGUAUCUCAACAUUUAAAAUCGUAAUCUCUAAAUUGGAUAUAAUGAGUGUUCCGCAAUAGUUGUGCUAUCCCAAGCAUACUAUACUCAGUUGAGUGCUCCAAUAACGAAACUGUUGAACAUUAUUUUCUGUCUUUAAAACCUGUGUUUUCCAUGUGUUUUAAAAUAAAUAUCCCUGCAAGUAUUUCCUGCGCGUGUCUCGUGCGAAUCAAUAUGUCAUAUUUUUGCACAAUGAUUGUGGCUCAGUGUUGCCAAAAUGUGUAUAAAUGAUGUAGCAUAUCCAUUCGUAUGAGAAAUUCGCAGUAAAUAUGGAAUAUUUAUUUUUGAACUCACGCAAAUAGUCUUUGAGUAAUUGUAAACAAAAACCCGGAUUUUGGAAGUAAAAAAUGGAUGUAAAAAAUAUCGUUAUUGGUGCACCCUAGUCCCUCCCCGAGUAUGGUAUGCUUGGGAUGGAACAACUAUUAUGCAACACCGUAUAUGGUAUGAUGAAGUAUGAUUAAACAAUCAAGCAGAUUCGUGUUUUCUAUAGUGAUAUACACGAUUUUCACAUUGAAUAAUACAAUAAAUUCUUUUACGAAAAUUUAUUUCUACGUGGUUAGAUCCAUCCAAAAUAUAACCGUGUCAAUGUAUUUUACUGAAUAUGAUUAUAUUCGUGUGAGCUUGAGAAUAGGGAUACACAAUAGAGGCCAAGAUUAUAUUCAGAGGUCCGUAAUUUGAUUGUAAAAACGGAGAAUUGUAACUACUCGGGCUAUAGACUUCAUUAAGAAAUGCAAUAUUCACUAUAGACAAAAAAAAAUUUUAGUAUGCUACGUUGGCUUUAUAUUUUCGAUAUCACAAGUACAAAAUGAUAAUUAUUGUUUGGAAAUUUGAAAUUUGUGUGUUUUUAGAAUUCGAAUAACUUAUUUCGUAAUAGUGAGAUAAAAAAAAAACCAAUGUUACAUAGUACAAUUUCUCUUUGUUUUAAGGUGAAAAUAUAGUUUCUCGACUAAGUCUAUAGCUCCACUAGUUUUUUUUCACGAGAACAAGUGUUUUGUAAAUAUUUUUUGUUAAUCUCACGAUUACACAAUAAAUGUCUAUAAUUGUGCUGAUAACACCGGGGACUCCUUGUAAAUGCAUUUGAAAGUGAAUUUAGAUAAUUUUGAGUUGAUAAAAUGUCAUUAUUCCAAAAAUGUCGAUAAAAUUGCUUAUUCGCGCAAUCAAGAGAUAGCAAGUUUUUUUAACGAGGUAAGGAGAGGGGGCGACGGAAGAGAAUAAAUUGCGAGAGAUUUUUAGAGCUGCAAAAAAAACAAACGAUGAGACAGUUGAUAAGAUGUAUGUGAGGGCAUGUAACGUGGAGUAGACGAGGAAAUGCGGGUGGUAAUAAAAGUAACCGCUGAUUCUCACCUGCAGCGAGGAAUAAAAAUUGAGGAGAAAAGAAGAAGAAGUUUUGGAAGAAAAUAUGUUCUUCGAUAAACAUUGCUACUAGUUUCUUCCGAGUCUGCGGAGGGACAUGCCGUUCAGAGAAAUAGAUUUUUGAAGGAACACGCCGUUUAUUUAGUCAUGGUUCGCACUAUAUAGGUACAUGGGCACUGGGCACACACCGUAGACUUAUAUAAAACAUAAAAUGUCUCGCGUUUACAAAUGCGUGGGAGGAACAGACUCUUACAUAAUUUUUGCAGGCUGGUAUAGUAAUAUGAUUAAAACAUCGAUUUACAUUUUAAACUAUUUACCAAAAUAUGUUAUCCAUAUGUCCAUACAUAUCAGUUCAAAUUAUAAUUGUGGUUAAACAGUAAAUAUUAUAAAGCUGUCUAUAAGAUAUUUGAAAACCUUAUAUUAGGGUCUGUUUUCUCUCACACGUAUGUAUAUAUUGCCUUCAAUGUGUUUGGCGAAUGCACAGUGUCUAUAGAGGAUAAUCGAUUUUUCGAAUUGUAUAGGAAAGUAUUAAUUUUUUUGACAUUUUCAUUUAAACAAAAAUUAAGUUCUAAAAUAUUACAACAUUUCACCGUUAUGCAUUAUGGUGAUUGGUGUCGGUAAAAUUACUUCUCGCAGAGACUUUUAGUUUUAAAAUAGCAACCAUAUAUAUUAAAAUGUUAAAAUCAUAGGUAUUAAAAAUUCCAUAAAUUGAUGAAGUUUUAGUUCAAACUGUGUUGAAAAUUGUGAUUUCCAUCAACUCAUUCGGCGAGAUAUAUCACUUUUAAAUUUAGUAUUUUCACGGAGAGACGUAGAUAGAGAAGCAAAGAAAGGAAACAGAAUAUGUCAACACCAAAAUGUAUUUCAACGGAAACUUCGUCAAUUUACGGAACGUUUGAUAUAAUAUUAUGUUGCAUAAAACUGCAUGUAUCUAAAAUUUCUCAAAUAGAAAAUCCCGAGAUACGCGUUAAUACUUUCCCAGACAGUCGUUAUUAGGCUACAGAAAAUUGAUUACCCUGUAUAUUAUUAUAAGUCUAUGAUACACACCAAUAUUCAUAAAUGAAAAUUAUUGUUAACUAAAUUAAAUAUCCUUGCACACUAAUACAUCUAAUCGAAAAUGUCUAUAAUCAUCGCUACGUACGAUUGUUGUUUGUUGUUCUUAUUGUGGUUGUUGGUCUUGUUCUUGUUUUUGUUGUUGAUGAUGUUGUUGUUAUUGUUAUUGUUUACAGGUUAUUUGACUACAACUUUCUUUACAUGACGAAAACAUCGGGUUUUUGUUUUUUUAAGACGGUUUGGAAUGCUCAGCGGAAAUCACACUUAACCCUUCGCCGUCCAUUAAUCAAAUAUAUUGUACAAAUAAAAAAAAAAUUCGGCCACUUUUUUUUUUUUUUUCUGAUAAAAAUUAAUACUUUUGUAGUUACAUAAUGUAUCUGUCAAGACGGGUAAAAUUAAUUACGAUAAAUUAGGAAAAUGAACGAAUAUUAAAUUUCGAUUAAAUACCUACUUGAAAAAAAAAACCCCGACAACAAUAUUAUUUUUCUCUCGGAUUAAUUUAAUGAGUCCUGGACUCGCGUAGUAUAAUUUCGUCGGCGAUAAUCCUAAUGGAUUUUCGUUUUUGACAAUAUUCGUUUGGAUACCGUUUCCAGUGUCGUAGCCGACUCUACAUUUUUGAGAGGCAAAUAUUUCGUACCUUAUUAUUGCCUCUCAAAUAAACGUUUGCAUGCCACUGAUCGUUUCCGAUGCUUGUUAAAAAUUUAACCUUGACGCAUCCUUAUAUUAUUAUACUAUACUAUUGACUGUGUCUCGUAAAUUUCUUCAUAUUCUAAAAGACUUUACGGGAAGUUUCAAUUUCUCGGGUUUCUCACGAUGGCGUUCAAAAGUUCAAUAUUAUUAUAUAGGUACCUACUUAGUAUUUAUUUUUUAUUUAUGGUCGCCCGUUUAAUGAAUAUUAGACAUUAUACGAUCAUGAAAAAUUAAAAUUAACGGUUAUCGAGGUAAAUAUUUCCGUAGAAAAAUGUCCGGGAAUCGCACGUCUAUCGAAGGGAAAUGCUUUGCAUGAUUUUACAAAAAAAAAAACUGUUUUAAAUAAUGAUCCGAUACCUACAAAAACACGGUCUAAUCCAUUAUUAUAAUAAUUAUAACAAAUGUAACGGGAUCGGUAAAAAAAAAAUGUUUAAAAAAUAAUAACUUUAAUUUAUUAUGACGAUCUAUUGGUUUUCAUUUUAUGUUUGCAGGCUCACUCAUCCGAAUAUCGUGCAAUUGUUGGAGACAUUUGAAGACAAGUCAAAAGUCUAUCUCAUCAUGGAAUUGUAAGUAUAACCUGUAAUACCUGUACUAUAUUGUAACAUUUGCAGUGAAUGAUGGGAAUAUGCGAUCAGAGAUCAUUUAUAUAAUUACCCCUCCCCAACCUUUUUUUUCAAACUCAAUCGCAAAUAUUUAUAUCAUAUAUAUACCUAUAUAAUAAACGUCAUUAUUAUCAAAAAUGAAACAAAUUAAUAAAUAAUAAUAUUAUAUCAUCAUACAUAAAUCUUAAACAGUUACGUUAUGAUUCUUAUUUGAGUCAAAAAUUUACGAAAUCCUAAAAAUGUGCCCUACUACCAAAGUAGCGAAAUAAAAUUUUGUAUACAGAAUCGUUAUGGGCCAUGAAACAUAAUAUAAAUUGGUUAUUUUUUUUAUCGACCUUUUAUGUACUUUUAUGUAUUUUAAUACAUAAAAGCACAGUUAUACACAACCACUUCUCCUGAUAAUAACUGAUAAUAAUUGGAAACUACUCAAUUAUAUUAAAAUUUCUUUAUCGAUUUAUCAUAAUUAAUAAUUAGGAACCCAAAACAUGACUCUCCGGGCAAAUGUACCCAUUGCCCACCCUCCGAACACGGCCAUGACCUCAAUAGUUAUAACUAUUAUCAUUUGAAAUCGAAACACCUAGUUUGAAUUAAUGAUCGGGUACUAACGAAUUUUCAAACAUUCCGGAGUCUUUCUAAAGCCAAAGGGCAUAAUUACGAUUUCUAUUAUACUAUCGUUGGACAAGACCCCACGAAUAUUCCAUUAGCAAGCGGUGUAUACGACGACGGAUUGACGGAGACCGAACAAUUUCAUUAAAAUCGCCGUCUUUUUUAGAACACACUGUAUUAUGUCUUUGUUUUCCGUCUCUUCGUCAUCAUUUAUAGUAGAUAAUAAUAAUUAAAUUGUUCGAAUGUCCCGCCGUCGGCGACGCCGUAAUUAUUAUUGUUUUACUAUUCGCGUCCCUUGUACGACCUCGUUUGUCCAAAUUCUUUUUACAUGGAUAUAAUAUACUAUUAUUUCUCCUCUCGUCCCUACGUCCUACACUCCAGUGUGUUUGAUCCUUCUUAACCAUAUUUAAAGUGAACUACUUUGGGAGGUGGCUUAAGCCCGUCAAUCCCCUCCUUAGGUGCGUCUUUGGUGUAAACGCGCAUAAUAUAGUUUACUGUUUUAUUGUCACGCCACACUUUUACAGAUAUUUCAAUACAAAUUCACUCCACUAUUAUGAUGUCGUCUUCUACUUACAUUAUAUAAUACUGGUAUAUGCACUCAAUAUAUAUAUACUUGUCAUGGAGACGUCAUGUCUCGUAUUAAUGCACGUAUUUGGUACCUUAUUAGGGGGGGGAGGGGGGUGAUACAUAUUUUUAUUAGUAGUUCAAUAUUCCCCAAUAAUUAACUGUUAUAUAUGCUUUUUAUCAAUUUGUGUUUUUCUAUUUGCAAACAACUUAAAUCAGAAAACUCCAAUGAUCAAUUUAUUGAUGGCUUCUAGUAAUAAAUUGUGUCUAAUUCGUGUAUCGGCGAAGUUAUUUUUGAAUACUCUUUAUACUUUUUUUUAAUAAUACAGUAAACGGGAAAAAAUAUGGAAAGACCGGGAAUAUUUAUGUAACAAGGAUUUCCGUUAAAAUUUGAUUUAGAUGUUUUGUUGUAAAAAAAAUAAUUAUUGAGAACUGCAAUGUAUACAAAAUACUUACUGAUAUUAGCGUUUUCUAGAGGUGACAUGGUUUUCAAAAUAUUCUGGCGUUAUUUAAGUUAUUUAUAGCUAUAUGAAAUUUUCAAGUUUUUUAGUUUUUUACAGUUUAAUGUUGAUAAAAAUGUUCAGGUCCAUAAAAAUGCUAAAAAAUAUAAUACAAAAGGUUUAUUAUGUGUUUUAUAUAGUGAUAAAAAGAACUUGAGCGUUAUUUCGUAACUAUUACACCAUUACUUCAUUGUUAUAGACUUCAUUCGGUGCUCAGAGUUAUUUUUCGUUUGCAAUUAGAUGAUAAACUAUGACACAAGCUUUGGGAAGAGGCGAUUGUUUAAAUACGUGCCUGACCCGACCCAAAUAAAUUGGGAUUACGACAGUAAUUAUUAUUAUUACACUUUGCUUCAACAAUAUCUAUAAUAUACUUAACAGUUAACGGCGUAUUAUACGCCCUUUCCGACCGGAUGGAUGUUAUAAUUCCGACUGAAAAUUUUCGUACGGUUAAGCAAGGCUUAAUAAAAUAAUUUAUCUUGUCUCCCCGUCGGUAAUUCCACGGCCGUAAUUAGUGUUCGUUAGUUAUUACUUCCGAAACCACGAAUUCCCCGAGGCUCCCGUGGGUCAACAAUAAUAUUACAGCGUCAAGUGACACAAUCCAAAAGCUGUAACCUAUACACGUCCGAUUCACAGCAUAAAUAAAAAAACAAUUUGAAUCGCACACGUCCAUGCGAAAUUAGCAAACGCCAAAAUUACCCAAACAAAAAAUCUCAACUUUUUUUUUUUCUAAAAUCUGUGAACAAUCAAAAAAUGUAUAAAAUAGUUUGAUAUUAGGAAUCACAAUUUUCAAACUUUAUUAGAUAUCAAUAUGAUUUUUUAAACUUUGCACUACUAUAGAAUAUACUCUAUAUUUACACUAUAUCAGCGUAAAAGUUUACUAGAACUUUUUGGUUUACUAUGUGUUGUUUAAUAUUAAUUAAAUAAAACAAAACCACAAAUGAACAAAAUUCUGGAAAAUAUUGUUUAAAAUUCAAUACAUUUUUGACACUUUACCACUUUAUUUGACAUUUAUUUUUAUAUAACUUUUGCGCAGGGUGACUGGAGGUGAACUCUUCGACCGGAUCGUCCAGAAAGGUUCGUACACUGAAAAGGACGCCUCCCAUCUGAUCCGCCAGGUGUUGGAAGCUGUGGACUACAUGCACGAACAAGGCGUGGUGCACAGGGAUUUGAAGGUAAGUGGUUUAGACAUUUCGAACUGUUAGAAAUUAAACAUAAAAAAAGUACUUAGAGAAAUUUAUGUGGGUCGUUCGAUGACUUCCUCCGAGCUCAGACCAGAAUUCUGACUAAACAAAUUCUCAUGAGCAGCAAAGCUCCUUGUUAGAGUGUAAUCCCCCUCACUUAUUUUGUAUUAUAAAAAAAAUUAUCUGUAAAAAAAGAUAAAUAUAAUUGAAUACUAUUAAAAUAAUACAAUAAUAUAAUAUACUAUACCUACUACCAUAAUGAUACUACCUACUUCAAAAAAUUCAACAAAAAAUAGUUCAAUUCGAGCUUAACAAAUGAUGGGAGCUGAAAAUAUUUUAACUAGCAAGAAAUAGAUUUUUGAUAUUUACGCCGUGCUUAUGCAAUAUACCGUCCCCCUAACUUUUUUUAGAAGGUCUAGACCUUAGGGAGGUCUAGGAGUUUGGGAUGGAUGUUGAAAAUCUAAAAAAUGCCUUCCUACCACAACAAUGCAUAGUUAAAUUCAUUCCGGCUUAAAUCACUUCAAUUUGCCUAUAAAACCACUCUAAUUUCCGAGUUCGGACACAUUUAGUCUAGGAGUCUCUAGAAGUGUCUAAAAGCAGUGAAGAAGGUAAAACAGUAAUAAGUUAUCAACGGAAUUAAGUAUUCAAUAAUUUCAUACUCUUCUUAUUUUUUAUUAUAAAAAAUAUAUACUAUAUACUUAUAUACAUUAUACAGGGAAUCACUUAUCAGGUAUAACGGACACAAAACUGCAAUAAUAGUUUCAUUUUUCGGGGAAAAUUAGACAAAAACGUGUAGACAUUAUUCCCGAUGUAACAAUAUGUUUGCCCCUAAAUCUAUUUACCCCUACGGUAAAAAUAUCCUCUUAUAUAUUUACGCUACCUAAUAAAGUUUAAUGGGUAAAAAUUUACUAGUAAAAUCCCCCCCACCUUUCGGUGAGUAUAUCAGUAAGGUAUAUUUACCUCCAAUAAAAAUACGCUAGGAUAUAUUUACCCCUCUUCUCAAUAAAAAUUUGCUUUCGAGGAAAUAAAUAUGUAUUGAUAAAUGUUUACUCCUGCUAAAUAAAAUAUAGAAUGAGGGUAAAGAAAAAGGCAUAACAUUUCCUGUUAUUCAUUAUAAUAUCGAAAAACGCUUCGGAGGUUCUUCUUUCGUAUAGCCACAUAAAAUAUUAUUCUGCAAUUAAAAUUUUUAUUUUAGCUUUUUCCGUCCACUUUUCACCGAGAAGGGUGGGAGUGUAAAUAUUUCCUAUGUUAUUCUUACAUACACGAUUAAAAUGCGCAUACAGAGUAAAUAUAUUUUGUUAUUCAUUAUAAUAUUCCUGGUAAAAAUUCUCCGAGGAGGUAAAUAUUUCCUAAGUUAUUUUUACGUACACGAUUCAAAUUCUGCAUUGUUUGUUUCUACUCGGAAAAAAUACUCUACGCUUUUCAUGGACGCAUGUGACUUUUAGGUUUAAAAAAAAAUGUCGAAAUAUCAGAAAACACUACAGCAGUUUUCAUCAGCUUUUAUCAUUCUGCAAUUUCUGAAUUUCGAAUUUUGCUUUAUCCGUCCCCUUUUCACCGAAAAGGUAAAUAUUUCCUUUACAGUUUUUAUAUUCGUGAUUAAAAUUCUCGAGAAGUAAAUAAUAUAUUCUAAAAUUCUCUUACGUGCGAAAAAUUAAGCGAUAUUUUAUUAAAAAUAAACGUUAUAUUAAAUUAAGGAAUGUUUACAUUUUUGUUUAUUUCAAAUAGUCAAAUGUAAAAAAAAAAAAAAUAUUGAUUUAAUGCCUAUUGCAUAAAUUUAGAUUAUUUUUUGCUAAUUUUAACAAUCAAUAUAUAUUACAUACAUAAUUAUAAUUAAAGAUAGGUUCCUGAAAAACAUUGACACCGGUUCUUCUUCGAAACCAAAAUAUUUUUUUUUCGGAUUUCUAUUUCGGUACCGAUAGCGGCUCUUCUUUUUUUAAAGUGGAAAUAAUAAAAUAACCUACUAACAUAGAGUAUGUGAUUAUUGCUUAUUUUUUGUUCAUAAAAUCUAUAGAAAGAGGAACACAAAAACGGACAUACUUCGCACGUAGAUGCAGCCACUGUUGUAGAUGAGAAGUUGGGAAGGUAUUAGAAGGAAUAUUUAAUGUAUAUCAAUAAGCAAUGAUAAAUUAUUGCUAACGAAAAAACGAUUCUGAGCGGAGUUCAGUUGAUAGUGUUGCUUAAUCAACAUUAUAUAUUUUCUUUAAUAAUAUUUUUAAAUUCUGAGUGGAGCGAAGAAGCUUAUGGUUUUACAAUGAUCUUUAUUUAUUUAUUUUUUUUUUUUUUUAUCUGUGAACAAUUUUUCUACCAGACAUUUUGUUCCGAUUUACAAGUGUAGGACUUUUCUGAAAUGAAAUCCGACUGGGGUGGUACUUUAAGAAGGUAAUUUUUUGAUUUUCACAGGAGUUUUCUGAAUAUAUUGGAAAAACCAGAAAAAACGGGAGAACGGGAAAAUAGGUAUAAUAUUAAACGAAUAUUACAAAAUAUUAAAUGUUUGAAGAAUGUUUGAUGUAUAUGUAAUUAUUUUACCUUAAUAUGAUAUACAUAUAUUGUUGAAAAAGCAACACUAUCAACUGAACUCUGCUUAAAAUCGUUCUUUCAUUAGCAAUGGAUAAUCGUUGCUUACAGAUAUAUAUUAAAUUCCCGUCUGUAUCCUACCUUCUCAACUUCCUACUCACAACAGUGGCUGCAACCACGUGUGAAUUAUAUUCGUUUUUUUUUGAUAUUGUAUUUAUUUUCCCAUUUUUCUAACGGUUUUUCCCAUUUAUUAGGAAAACUCCUGGGAUGAUGAUCUCUUUAAAGUACCAAUCCAGUCAAAUUUCCUUUUAAAAAAAAUGCUAUCAUUGUAAAUCGGAGCGAAAUUGCUGGUAGACAAUUUGUCCAAACGAAAAGAAAUAUUUUACUAAUAUAUUUCGUACAUGUUCCCGGUUUUUCUUCGUUUUUUUUCUUCGGUUUUUCACAUUUGAUGAGUAAACUCCUGAGAAAAUCGCCUUCCUCAAAGUACUUCCCCAAUCCAAUUUCCUUUCAGAAAAGGUGCUGCACUUAAAAAUCGAAGCAAGAUUUCUUGAAGAAAAGUUGUUCACAAAUAAAAAAAAAAAAAUAAACAUCUUUGUAAAACCAUGAGCUCCUUCACUCCAUUUAGAAUCUAAAAUACAAAUUAACAAUAUUAGCAAUUAUUUAAUGAAUAUAAAAUAAAUUAUUAUACACUUAUUACCUAUGUACAAAUCACUAUUAAAAAAUUAUUUAUCUAUCAUAAUAAAUUAAACGAAUUAACACUUUAAACAUAAGUAAUAAAAUUCAUACGAUAAUAAAUUUUACUGUCAUAAUUAGAAUCUAGAGGUCGGAUUUAAAGGCUCUUAAAAUCCUUAAAAUAUGAUGUUUUAUGUCCUUAAAAGGGCAAAACAUACUUUUAAUAUUCUGAAACAAAAAUUUUAAUUUGAGUUUUCAGCUUAAAUUAAAUUGUACUAUUAAUUUGGUUUAUAACAUUUUUAAUUUGUUUUAUUUUACAACCGUAACAGCUAAUUUUAUUUUGUUAUUUGUUAUCGCCAUCGAUAAGAAAUAUCUAGUGAUUAAUUUUUAUUAGAAACCCAGAAGGAUAUAAACAUAACUCGCUUAUAAAAUAAUUCGUAUUUUUUGAUCAAUAUUAUCAAAACGCCGAUGUACGUCUAUACAAAUAAUAGGAUCAAAAAUAAAAAUAUUUAUAAAAUAUUCUCUAAACCUUCAAAUAUCCUUUUUAUGCAAAAUAAAUGUUUUCUAUGUUUUAUGAAUCGUGAAGAUAUAUUACUCCCAUUUAACUACUUACACUAGAAACAACUAUGUAAAAUCAUAAAAACCCGACCUCUAGUCAUAACCUAAUAAGUUCUAUUGAAUAUCAUCAACAGUGACGUAACUAAAACUUCUAAUGCUUGUAGUAAAAUAUUGUAUUAAAGUCCUAAAGACCGAAAAAGAUCCUCACCUGUCCAAUGAUGCCCUGAGCCGUGGUCUAGGCUACUGCUAGGGCCCUCAUCAGUUGUGGGUCCAUGGCGUUCACCCACCUUGUCCACCGAGUAUUUACCCCAUUGAUUAUCAAAUACACUUAUCAGUGUUAACAUAGUAAUAAUGCGUCCCAGACCAUUGCAAUUUCCAUUCUUAAUACAUACAAUUAAUAUUUUAUUACGAAAAAACGUGGAAUCAGACACUUUGCCGCGCUCUAGUAGUGCGUUUCCAAACUAAACAAUAACAUUAAAAUAUUGGAACAUUUCCAGUUAACUCCCAAGGUUUUUUUUUUUUCAAAAUGUGUGUUUUUACACGAUACUUUUAAAAAGAGUCGCUCAAACAUAUUUCGAAGUUAUAUUCAAAAAACUUUAAAAUGCUCGAUUUUUCUAAAAACCGUGGUCUUUUAGUAUAAAAUACCAAAACUAAUAUUUUUGGAUAUUUUGUUUUGUACAUUUUUAAAUUUUUUUAUAUUCAACGUAUUGGUAGAAUCAAAAUUUACUUAUUGUAUACUUACUUUUUUCGUUAUUGUUAAUAAACCACGUAAAACUUAAUCAUAAAGUUAUUUCGAUCAUUUGCAUACAAAAGUAACUCUAAACUCGAACUCUUCAUUUAGUGCAAAAUAACAUAAGAAAGUUUUUAGUUGUACCGAAGUUGAAUAACCCCAUAAUAUCGAUUUAUCCAAAAAUCUAUUUCUUUUUCAAAUUUAAUGCGGUUUUUAUUUAAUAUAAAUUAAAUUAGUUACAUUCAUCUUUCGACUCAUCUGAAUUCGAAGUAUUAGAAUAUUGAUCACCUAUAACUUCCUGUAUUAGCCCAAUGCGGUCGUACAGUAUACGAGCAAAUCAAAAAAAUAAAGUUUAAUCAUUUAACCCUGAUACUUGACAUGACUUAUGCUCAAAAAAUUCAUACAUUUUAACAAUAUUAAACAUAACACUGAUGAUUAAAUAUUCAAAAAUUCAAAUAUCGAUUUUAUUUUAUUUUUUAUUUUUUUUUUUUUUUUUUUUUUUUUUAUAACAUAAAUUGAAACAUUAUAUUAUUAUUAUGUGUCUUUUGAAGGCAAUCUCGCCGGGACACCUAUUCGGACGGAUUUACAACUUUUACAUUAUAUUGCCGUAUAAAGUGUAAACCAAAGUAUACAAGGUGAUCAUUACAAUAUAAGUCACUUAUUAUCUCGGAAGAUAUUAUUAACUUUUUUCGAAAUUUUUUUUUUUGAAAAUUUAACAAAUAAGCAGCUCAAAAUAUUUAAAUUACCAUUAUUUUGUUGGAUCCUUUUGUUUGAAAGUGAAACUAAUAGUUUUCAUUUUAUUUUUAAAUAGAUCAAAUGAUAAAGAUUAACAAAAAAAAAAAAACAAGUUCCUUUGAUGCAGAAAGAAUUCGUUCACUUUUAAAAGGAAGUUUCCUAACACUGUAUAGCAACUUAUUAUACAAAUUCAGCGCCACUACACAAAUUAUGCUUCACCCUCACUAAUCACACAUUUAUUUAAACUAAAACUACAUAAUAUAUUUAUGGAAUUUCAAAUUCAGUUUGCUAUUUGAAUAUCAAAAAUUGGUAGUGAUUUCACCUACGAUUAUAUUUUAUAGAUAAUGUAACAUUUAAUAGCUAUAUGAUUCUUAAAUUAUCAAAAAAAUUAAUACUUUCCAUGAUAGUCUGUAAGUGACUUACCUUAAAUUGAUCGCCCUGUGUAGAGACAAAGUGUUAAAGUAUCGAUAAAACAAGAAAAACUACAAUAUUAUUACAAUAUUCAAAAUGAUUGUCGUAAAAUCUCGACGACGAUUAAUAAUAAUAAUUAAUUUAAUGUGUUUCAGCCGGAAAAUCUGUUGUACUACAGUCCGGACGAAGACAGCAAGAUCAUGAUUAGCGACUUCGGAUUGUCCAAGAUCGAAGAUUCGGGCGUAAUGGCCACAGCCUGUGGAACUCCCGGAUAUGUUGGUACGUAUUUAUUAUUAUGUGUAUUUGGCGUUUUAUAUGGCGUACAAUUUGACGAGUAUUGUGAUCUAAUACUGCUGAUGAGUGUGUAACUGUUGUGAGUGGGAAUUUGGAAAAUCAAAAUAAAUUUGUAUAUUUAAAUUGUCUAUACAUUUGUAUAGAAUAUGAGCCUGAGCAAAGAUAAGAAUUUAAUGUGUAUAUGUAAGCAACGAUUAAUCUUUGCUAAUGAAAAAAUGAUUCUGAGCAGAGCUCGGUUGAUAGUGUUGAUAGUGCUCUGUCAACAAUAUACAUAUGUCAUAGUAUAGUAAAAUAAUUGCAUAUGCGUUUAACAUUUUCUUUAAUAAUAUUUGUUUAAUAUUGUACCUAUUUUCCCGUUCUCCCGGUUUUUCCCAUUUAUUGGGAAAAUCAAGAAAAUUACGUCUUUAAAGUACCACCUCAGUAUGAUUUCCUUUCAGAAACCAUUGCAACCAUUGUAAAUCGGAGUAAAAUUGCUGAUAGAAAAGUUGUUCACAGGAAAAAAAAAAAUCAAAAAUAAACACCAUUGUAAAACCAUAAGUUUCUUCGCUCCACUCAGAAUCUAAAACAUAAUAUUAUGUACAGCCGGAAAAAAAAAAUGGAAUUCCAUUAAGCAAUAUGUUUUCCGUCCGGACCGAAUUUUCGUAAAAGCGUACAGUCGUCUUCGCAGCCGUACGUAUAAUAAUAACGUAGAAUUUCGAAUCGUAUCCAUCAUACGUACCUCUACGAUAAUAAAAUACUGCGUUGAAAAUCCGAGUUCCACAUACAAUAAUAACAUAACAUCCGAAAUAUCACGCGACGGGCGGUGCUCGAUUUAUUUUACAGAUGGAAAACCAUAAUAUUUUUAUAAUAUAAGAACCGUAUUUUCCGGCACGUUCCUGAAAUCGUUUCGGCAGCAUUAUUUCCGAUGUAACCUCGAAAAUUGACCUCUACGAUAUUUUUACCCACCACUCCGGGGGGUUUACUCGAAUUACGGGAUUUCAUACGGGCACAUGCCUGUACACAAAUUGCGCAAUUUAAACGAAAUUUUUCGAAAAAAAAAAAACUGUAAAUCUGUAGUUUGGCCUGUACUUGACUUCAGAAAAUUCUCGAUUCGAGUACUCAACUGUUUUAUUUAAAUAUUUUCAAUAAAAACACCAUGUUGAUAAUUUGAAUUUGGUUGUUUUUAUUUUAUUGUUAUAAUAACAACAUUUAUGCAGAUUGUUAUUUCCAUUUCCCCUUUGCCGAUUGUUAACCACGUCUACAAUACGGACUGUUCACCGUCAGUAACUGUUUUAUUCGAACACUCAUGCACACAGGUCCAAAUACUUAUCUUUUGAACUCUACUCAACUCCAAAAAAUUAAUACUCGACAUGACUUUCCUCGAUUUCAACAAUGAACAAAUCAAUAUUCAAAUAACUCUAGAAAUGUAUCUCUUCGAAAAUAUUUAAAUUAGGUACUUUUGAAUGAAUUUACAAGUUUAGGUAUACAGUUUACGACGCAUCGUUAUUAUAUUUAUUACACGUAACCCUGAAAUUCGUUCAAAAACAAGACGUGUUCAGGAAAACAGAAAAAAAAAUGAUAUACCAUUCAGUGGUUUUAAAGGUGAAACGCAUUUUUCAAAUCCCCAUACUAUUGAUAUUUUAAAAAAUACGUGUUGUAGGUUCUCUUCAAAAUAUCGUCUUCUGUUUUUAUUUUGUUUUUUUUUUUUUUUUAUCUUUAAAAUAUGUACUUUUCUACAGUUUUGCCGCUGUCCAUUUUUUUUACCACUGAAAAUCGGUUUGUAUUAGAGAUAGAGAAUAAUAUAUUAUAACAAUAACUAUUUAUUAAUAACAUUUUAAAAGACUUACGUUAUAUUAUUUAGAUAAUAAAAUAAAUUUAAGGGUUAAAGAAAAAUAUUUAAUUAGGAUUAAAACUGAAAUAAAACAUAUAAAAAAUAUAUUCUUUUGCGUGGUUCCUUAUAUUAUUUUAACGAUUGGAUUUUUUUUUUUUCAGCUCCGGAGGUGUUGGCACAGAAGCCUUACGGCAAGGCGGUGGACGUUUGGAGUAUCGGCGUAAUUUCGUACAUAUUGUUGUGCGGUUAUCCGCCUUUUUACGAUGAGAACGACGCGAACCUUUUCGCUCAAAUCUUAAAAGGUAAUCCAAGCAUUUCGUUUGAUAAUAGGCGGGUCGGAAACCGUGACAUUGUAUCUAUAAUGCAAGAGGAUGUCACAUUAAGGAAAAUUACUUGAAAAAUAAAUGAAGAAUAUUAGUUUAUUUUCGUUAUAGUAAUUGAACGAAUUAUGGUGGUAGGGGUAUAAAAAUUAUUUUCAAAACGGUCCCAUGAAAAGUUGGAUGAAAAUUAGGUCGCCAACACACAAUGGUUGAGGACCACUUAUCUGCUGUAGGAUAUGGCAUAUUAGUUUUCAAUUUUACUCAAAUUAGAUGAUGAGUAUGGAUAAAUUGUCUCAUUAAUUUGUAUAGAAUUAACAAUAGUCCUAGGUAACUUUAUCAUGAAUUAAUAGUGAAAUUUGUGAAAUAUGGUUUAAACUAAACUUAAACAAGGUUUAUUUUCUCGAUAUUCAUACAGGUAUUUGUUGUUAAACACUACUUUUAAUAUAUUUGAGUUAUAUAUUAUAUACAGGAUGCCUUACAGUGUUAUCCGAAUUCUAAUAACUUUGUCAAUAUUCAUUAUUUAUUACAAACAGGUUUUGCGGUGGACCCAAAUGUAAAGCAAAAUUUAUUUAUGUUUAUCUUCAUUAAUCACUGAAAAAAGUUUCUUUUUUUUUGUUACUUUUUGAAAUUUUCAAAAUAGCCAUUUUGUAAAAUAUAUUAUUCUUAAAAUUCUAAUUUUUUCAUUAUAAAUUCAUAUCCCAUUAACCGUUUCUUAGUUAUAACGGCAUUAAUAUACAGAAAAUAGCCGUAAAAACAAUUAAUAGAAGAUAAAGAAUUAUCAUGCUGAUUGUAAUUCCUUAUUUCGUAACGUGUUAUUCUAUUGAAAAUUAAAAGUUUUCGCACCAAUUUUCUAGUAAAUACAACGGCUAUUACUAAGAAACCAUCGAUCGAAUAUAAGUAUGAUACAUACUACAUUAAAAUGUUUAGAAUAAUAUAAUUAACAAAUUUAAAGAAAAAACUUUUUUUUUAAAUAAUAUUGACAGAGUUAUUAGCAUUCGGAUAACACUGUACGACGCCCUGUAUAGUGAAUAUAUUCCGUAUAAAAUAGGCUUAACUCGAUUGUGCACAGAAAUCAUUUGUAUAUAAUUCUAUAUAUUAUAUUAUUUAUAAAUAGGUAUUAAAACACAAAUAUGAAUGUUAGGUUAUCAUGGUCUAUAGAAAAAAUUUAAAUCGCGAUCGUAUACUAGUACUUGCCAUUUGACCCAACAAACCUAAAAUCAAGAAUAAUACGUUCAUCCUCGGCUUUUUCAUUUCAUGCACACACAGAAAGCAUUAUAACCGGCGAUGACAUUUAAGAUGAGACAGUUAAAAUUAUUAACAAUGGUUAGAACGUAAAAGGGCGUAAGCGUCACUUUUUUAUAUAUUGUUGUAAACGGCAAGUUUCUACAUCGAUUAAUCCAACCUAAACAUCGAUAUCACUUAUUUAGUAAUAACAAUCGAUGUUUUAAAAUUUGGUCGUAAACGUCAUAGAAUUGGAGGGAUUGACAAAAUGGGUGUAAACUUCAUUUAAAAGCGUAAACGGCAUUCAGUGAAACGUAAUUGGACAUACUCGUCAUUGUCGGUGGUUAUAUUCGAUAGAACAUCUUUGGGUUGUAAGUGCCAAAUACAGAAAAAAAAAUGGGCGUAAGAGCCUAUUUUUUAUAUCGUCUAUAAUUAUGAACAUAUAAUCCAUAAACGCCAUAUCCUAUUAACGCUUCCUAUUAAAUCUCAAAACGAUUUAUCAUUUGAUGUUCUAAGGUUGUAAUACAAUUUAUUUGCAAUUUUAUAUUUUUCGGCUCUCCUGAAUAAUUUGGUUUUUGCCCGUUUACCUUCUGACCAUCGACUAAGUUAAUCACUCAAAUUUGUAAAAAUACUAUUUAGUAUAAUAAAAGUGUGUCUAUUUUAAUUAUAUGUUUAUAUAAUCGAGGUAGAAUUUGCCUGUUAUGUUGGCGAGAAAAAAAAUUCCACGUCUCUCCUUUUCACAUCUUCUAACCUUAAACGGAAGCAUCCAAGGGAUAAUUUAUCUUAACUUUACCAUUGUCGUGCGUUAAAGCCGAUUCUGACAUCGCCAGUACGACUUGCCCACUGUAAUUUUAAACUCUGGAUUCUACAUUAUCAGUGUUUUUAUGUUCAUUUAAUUUAAUUUAUUUUCAGCGGAAUGCAUUCGUAAAUUCGAUUAUUUUUAUUUUUUAGAAACCGUGAAUUUGAAUUCAUUCAUUUAAUGUCGGAAUGUGAACACAAAUUAUAGAAUUCCAAUACCUAUAGUAAAUAAAAAGAUAUUCUUCUAAUAAUACGUUGAAAACUUAUCAUUAAAAUAUUUGUAACAUAUUAGUUGUGGUUAUAUGGCAAAAUUUUUAAAAAAAAAUGUGUGUGGAAUGUAUUUAUUAUGAAGAUAAGAUGAAUGGGAAAUGUAUUACUUUUUAAAACAAAAUUUUCCGUGUAUUUUAAUAUGUUCUGUUUCCGAAAGAAUCCCUCUAGCUCAUUGUAUCGUUUUUAUUAUAUGAAGGUAUAGGUAUAUUGGGGAGUUGGUAGUUUGCACCAAAAUUAAUAUAUGUAAUUCACACCAAAAUAAGGGUACGCAAUUUGCACCACCGUAAGUAGUUGAAAACAGUGUUUGUGAUUUGUACCAAAAUGAGUACCUAUGUAUUCGAUUGUCUAGUGCCUAUUCGAUUGAUCCACAGUGGUAUAAUUGACGAUUUUAGCUGACCUAUACUACUAUUUUUAAAAAUCAAAAAAUUAUUGUUUUCUUUAAGAUAAGUUUAUGUUUAGAGUAUCAUAUUUCUAAAGAAUGAAUUUAUUAAUAUACACUGGGUUUAUAAAACAUUGUUAUUACAUUAUUUAAUUGAUAUUUUUAAACUUUCUAAUUUUUUUAUAUUAUUCCAUUUUCUCAUUUAAAAUGAUAAAAAAUAUACAUUUUAUUUCUGGGGUUCCUGACUACCCGCCACCUUAUCUGAUAUCGUUUCAAAAUUUUACGUUCGAUUAUCCUUCGUAAUCACAUAAUUUAUUAUUUCGACCAAAUACUAAUCGAAUAGUCUUUCCGACUUUUCAUUUGUUGUACAAAAUUACUAAAUUAUAUUUUUGCCUAAAAUAAUACGAUUAUUGUAACAUUUUAUAAUAUAUCUGUAAUUAUUAUUGUUAUAAGGUAGCUUUUAAGUCAUUAUUGAUGUACAGUAAAACGGUGUAAAUACGUAAGUGAACCACUCAAAUUCGAAACGAAAUAUUCUGUGUCUUUAAGUUUUCAUGUAUCAAUAUAUUAUACUCUUAUAUCAAAACUGCGUAGAUACAAUACUAUCGAAACAAUAAUCGAUUUGAAUUUUGGUGCAAAUUACAAUUCUUAUUUCUUACUACCCGAGAUGGUGCAAAUUACAUGUCUUUAUUUUGGUGCGAAUUACAAGCGCAGUUAAAAAAUCUUGGUGCAAAUUGACUACAACCAGGAAUUGCAGCAUAAUAAUGCAUACCUACCCACCGAAAACAGUAUUAUUUUAAUAAACGAAUGUAACCCGAUUGUUAUUCGGCGUGUGCCGCAGGUGAAUUCGAGUUCGACGCUCCGUACUGGGACGACAUCAGCGAUUCGGCAAAGAACUUUAUCAGGCAAUUGAUGUGCGUGGACGCGGACAAACGGUACACGUGCCGCGAAGCAUUGGCUCAUCCAUGGUAAGUUUGGCGCGGGCGUUUUGUAAGUAAUUUAGGCGAUCGUGUACUCGAGAGAUUACAGCCGCUGCAGCAAGUAUCUAAGACGUUUGUCGAAUUAUCGAAUGUCGCUUUUGACGUUAAUUCACCGUCACCUCCUGAAAAAAUAAAAACGAGAAGCGAAAAAUCUGUCAAACCAAAGAUCCGUGUUUAACGUUCGCGUGAAAAUAAAAUAAAUAUAACAUCGCGCGGCGACCGACCGGGACGAAGAAACUUAACAAACAAUAAAUACAUGAUCACAAAAAAUAUAUACUCGAUGUUGAGUUUAUUUUAUAAUAUACACUUUGGCUGGCCGUAAUAUAUUUUAUAAUCUGACAUAUUCUUUUUACGGCAAUCAAUCACACCGUCUGUCAGACUAAAUGUGGUAUUUCAAACAAACCGUCCACGAACGAUAUUGUUUUACACGUAAAAGGUAUUUCGAAUUUUCACAAAUUUUUCAAAUACUUUUCAACGAAAUAUUUAAUGGUAUCUACUAUGUUUAAAACAGUUGUCUUGAUUUUAAAUAGAUAGUUCUAUAGUUGUUGGCGAACAGUAUUUCGUUGAUACCCCGAUCUACUCGUAACAUUGAUUUGAAUAACAGAUUGUAUAUAUGCCUCAGAUUCAAAUCACAUAAAAUCAUCGAAUACCGAAUUACCCGCAAUUUUUGUUGACCGCUCGUUAUUUUAAAAGUCAUUUUACCCCGUUCUUGAAUUUUUUCUGUCAAGUCGGCAAUGAUGCGAUAUGAUCUUACUAUACAAAUAUCAUUAUAGAGCCGAGUUCGAGUAUACUCGACACGUCUCGAAAGUUGUUCGUUUCUUUUAAUGAAACCUAACCGCGCAUUUUGCUCUUUAGGAUAUCGGGUAACGCGGCCAGCAGCAAGAACAUCCACGGAACCGUAUCGGCGCAGCUCAAAAAGAACUUCGCAAAGUCCAGAUGGAAGGUACGUAGUCACAAUUCGUAAUUACAUUCACUAUACUAUACUUAGUUUUUACUCUAGUUAAUUACUUAUUGUGUGUCUAUUACUUACUGUGUAUCGACAAUGGCGACAUGAAAGCGGUAUUUUUUUGUUUUACUCCGGUCGAACCCACAUCGCGCGAUAGCGCCACUUGUUCGGCCGUUUAGAUAAUAUUAUUAUAGAUGAUGUUAUUAGACGGAUAACUGCUGUAAUAGAUAGAUGGACGGACGUAUGUAUGGAUAUAGCUAAUAGACAGAUAGCAUAGAUUAUUAGAAAAUUAUAUCCGAUACACUACGAACCACUUGAAAACCCGAAAUAAAGAUGAUAUCCUAACCUAAAUGUUUCCAGCAAUUAAUGAACGCUAUAACCAUGGUGCAUAAAAUGCAGAGGUUAGCAAUGAACGUGUCAGACGUGUCGGAUACGUCGUCGUCUAUGACGCCCGGCGGCGGUGGCGGCAGACAAAAGUGCGCUACGAUUGUAGAGGAAACCGAAAUUGACGACGAUGACGGAAAUGACGGAGACGACGACGGUGGUGGUGGUGGUGGUGGUGGUGGUGGUGGUGUUGGUCGAGAUAAUAACGGUUAUGGUACGGAAAGUAGUAGCAAAAAAAAAAAAAAAAAAAAAAAAAAAAAAAUAACAAUAAUAAAAAAUAGCGUGUGUAUUAUGUGUGCGCGUGUUUAUUUUUUUUUUUGUGUACCUAACCCGCGACUUGUAAAAAUUACAUAUCCGUAUUGCGUUUUUUUUUUUUUUUUUAUAUGGUCCGGCUUUCGUGAAUGUCAUAUUAUUAUUAUUAUUAUUAUUAUUUUCGAACCGCCGCCCACGUAGAUGCGAUGAACACAACGUACGAUAUUACACGUAUAUAUUAGAGAUCCUUCAGACCCGAUGCCCGCAAUGCUGAGUGCUGUGUGUGUACGUAAAUGGAACCGUAAUAUACCGUAAUAUAUUAUUAUACUCGUGUACGUAUAUACCGUGUAUAUAUAUAUAAAUAAUAUUACGACGUGCACACGAGACCCUAACCGUUUAGUUGAUGCUUGUGGUUUUUUUUUCCAUAUUAUCUAUUUUUUUUUUUUUAUUUUUUAGUUUUCCUUUUCCCCAAUCAACCUCCGCUUCCCCAUACCCUGUCAUGCCGCCGUCCACCUUCCCGGAAGACAACACGCGAAUAAAUACAAAAAUACACGUAGUUUAAUAAACUAUAUUAUGGUUACAUGCAUAUGUAUUUUAUAGCUGCCAAUAUCCUCUUUUUUUUUUCUGUUCAUUCAUUCAAAAGAACAGAGUUUUUACGAAAAAAUCCGUUGAAAAACUGAAAUCAAUAAAAAAGUUUCAUUUCACACGGGUGACACGUUAAAUUAAAUUUCUUUCGACUUCAUUUUUAUUUCAUGGGUUUCUUUCUUUUCGUUUAACCAUCAUGAAUUUGGGUAACAAACGCUUCUAUUAUGUGACGUGCCUGCCACAUGUUAUCAAAAUGUAAUUCACGAUUCAACAAAAAGAAAAUUCGUUUUACGUUCCUCAUCAUGUACGAAGUAACCCUAAGCACCCUCUUUUGGGGGUUGAAUUUCGAAAAUAUCGAACAUUUAAAAUGUCAUCCACUUUUGUAUGUAAAUUCGCAAACUUCUGCGUGCAAUCGGCUAUGAAUCGCGCACAGAUCGUUUUUUAUGAAGCGAAAAAAUAUAUCGUCUGCCUCCUCCACGAAAUAAAUUUCAAGAUACAAGAGUUUUUGAAAAUUAUCUGACUAUGCCCGUGAUAGUGUCACCUAUAAAAAAACUUCUUAAAAUAUUGCAGAAGAUCAAAUUGCACUUAGGUUUAAAAAAAAGGUAUUGAUCGGACAGCACGCGAGUCAAAAACAGGUUAUGAUCAAACGGUACUAUGGUUAAGAAAGGUGUUACAACAAAAAUAUUCGAAAAUAAACUUAGUUUAAAAGUUUUAAUAGCACUUUAAUCUCACUUACAAUUUGUUAAUUGUCGGAAUUAAAAAUUCGUUUUUAUAUCAUGUUAUAUACGGUUACACUCGUAGUCGUAUCUAAUUAAUAAUCGGUUUUUAAUAUUUAUGUGAAAUAGAAACAAAACCUUAUACGUUCAAAAAUCAAUCGUCAGAAUGAAGUUUCUUAUAAUUACUACAAAAAUAAUUUCUAAUAAUAACGGUAAUAAUUUGACAAAAUCAAAAAACGUUUUCUGAUUAUAUAAUAAAUUGCAUAUAUUUAUUUUAAAAAAAAGCCAUAUUUUUAAACACGCCAAUAAAUCAUUUAAAUCAUUUUCUGCUCUAAAACUGUAAGUGGAAAGGUAAUUGAGAAAUGUUUACCAGAGUGAUGUUUGACCAUUUAAUUCAGGUAAAAAGUGUAAUUUUACCAUGCCGAAAAUAUGCCCGGAUAUAUCGGACAUAGAGACGAUUUAAGCAGUGGACAACAUGUGUUAAAGUCGCUUCGAAAAUAUUAUUGAGAUGUUCAUAUAAUAUUAUUUGUGACGGGCUGUAUGAACAAAAAUAUACUUAAAGUUUGAAUUUCGCGGUUCUACGAUUUAGCUACCUACAAAAAAAAAAUACACUGAUCAAGGGGAAAACUGCUCUGCUUUUUUUCAUAACACGCCGAGAAAAUAUUUUACUCUAUAUUUUAUUAUUAUUACGAUCGCGAAUUUUACCGUUUUUUUUUUCGUCAUUGACUUUCGGAGAACAAACGAUUUUUCUUUUGUUUUUUUUUUUUUUAAUAACUUGUUUUAUAUUUUUAAACUCUUCGUGCAUGCCAACCUAAAGAACAUACACACUUUUCGCACUUUCUUGACAUAUUUUCUUCUUUGUACUUCUCACCUCUAUUAUUUUCCGUUUUAAAUAAUAUAAUAACACGUAAACUACUAUAGUAUAAAAGAGCUACCCGCCAAUGUAUACCUGUCUAUGUCCAAACCACGCGUUGACAACUGUUUUAUACUACACAAUUUGUAAUAUUGUUAUCGUCAAUCAAAAUAUUAUACAGUUUUACAUGUUACUAUCCACCAGUUUUUUUUUCGUUUCGUUAAAAAUACGCAAUCGGUUAUGAAGAACGUACGCUAUGUAAAUUCGCGACGACAAUGAGAACGCAGCAAAUCAAACUUUCAAAAAAUUAAAAUGUUAUUACUUUCGCGCUCAAGUUAACCGCCGGGUCCAGUGUUGACGAAAACUCUAACAUACAACGCGGUUUUAUGUUAUUAAUUUGUUUUCUUCUUCUUCUUCUUCUUCUUCUUCUUCUUCUUCUGACUGAUUACCUUUUAUAAUGUAUACGCUUAAAUUUAAAAUGUCACCUUAAUCAAAUUUAACAAGAUCUAAGACAUGCCUUAACGUUCUCCACUUGAAACGAGCAACAUGGAAUUAUCAAAUUGAGUCCUCGGUUACACGUCGAAAAUUCAUAAUAUCGAUAAAAUAAUACUGCAUGUCUGCUAAUGCGUAUUUUUCACCGUUAUACGUAGGUCCGAACAUAAUACUACACCGAGAAUGUUAAUGUCCUAAGCAUAAACCCACAAAUUAGUCUCUACGCAAAACCCCGACAGUUUUAUGCGAAACAGCAAACAAAAAGAAAAAAGAAUUUGAUCGGCGAUCGUCAGAUUCGACAAUCCAUUGAGAACCCAUCAGAACACAACGUCUAUUUGUAUGUUAAAGUACCAAAAUCCUUAAAACACAUAACACCAUAUUUGCAGGCUAAUCAGAGAAUGUCAUUUGCAUCUGUGGCUCUGUUCAAGUAGGAAAAGUUAAUACGCAUCAAAGACUCUACAGAGUGUACAACAAGGCAAUACCAAUUGUAUCAUUUCCGGAGAUAAUAAAAAUAAUCAAAUUUUGUUUUUUUUUUUUAUAUUACUUACUGGGAUAGGGACUACAGCUAUUUAUAUUUCAAUUCAUUUUUGUGUAUUGGUAAAAACUUACAAAAAUAACUUUUUAUUAUAUUAUUUGAAGAUAGUCAUUUUAUAGAAUUUAUUAUUAUUCUGGAAAUUUUGAUGUAUCGACUUUUUUAUUUUCAUUAAUGGGUAUAUCUUCCUCCUCGGACACCCUGUAUAUACGAAAAAUAUUACGAUAAUAUUAGUUAUGAAUAAUAAUGGCUGGUCGUUGAGCGUUUUCGAACAAAAUGUUUAGCAAAUUAUUAAAAUAAUAAAUUACGAUAAAACGAGAUAUCAGGGGAUGAGCGCAUCAGCUGCUGUAACAUAAUAAUUCUAUUAAAACACGUCAUUAUUAUGUCCGCAGUAUUAUUUUGUCAAAUAUUUGGUAUAAUUCCGUUUACUCCGCGACCGACUUGACGUUAAUUCGUCGAUUAAUAACUUAACCGCGCGCCUAAAACGGCAGCGAACCAUAAAAUAAUAUUACGUCAUUAUUAAUUUGGAUUAUUUUAGAAUAAAAAUAAUAAUACAAGGUGAUUUUUUUUAUUAUUAUUAUCACUGUCCAGAAAUUAUUCGCGUAUGAGUGUUGUGCUUAAAUGUGUUAAAAGGCGAGAGAGGUUAAAAAUAAGAAGUCAAUUGUAAGAUAUUACAAGGUACAAGGAGUAGGAUAACGUUGAUAGAAAAUAAUGUUAAAAUAAAGAUAAACCAAUUCCAUAGUAAUAUAAUAGCUGAAAAAAACAGAAAUUGAAUUAACUCAAAAUCUUCCGAGAAAAAUCGUUGGAUCAUGAUAACAAAAAAAAAAAAAUCACCCUAGAUUUAUCGAGUGCAUCAGUAUAAGUACAACGUUCACCUCUAAUCAUUUUUUAACUUGACGUGUUACCUAUCCCUAUUUAAGUUAUGUAAUAAACCAUUUUGUGUGAUACCAUAGUAGAUAAAUAUUAUUUUAUACCCUUUUCCUAAUAUUGUAUAUUAUAUAGUGUGAGAUUAGACUCGUAAUAUUAUACAUAUAGAUACCACAAGUAGUAUUUGUUUCAGCUAAAUACUAUAAAAUAAUAUAAUAUAUAGGUACUUACCAGACAUCGGAGUUCAAAAACAGAACGCGAAGGGCGGGACACCAUUUUCGGCCAACACGAACCUCAUUUACGUUUUCAGCUGUUAUUAUACAUUUUUUUUUUGGCUACCAGAUGUAAACAAAUAAAAAAGGGUAUUCAAUUUUAAAAUGCGGAGUUAUCAUAUUGUUUGUGUUAAAAUUAAAAUUAAAAUUGUUUUUCACGUCGAUAGCAAAAAAUAGUGAUCUAGCUGGCUGAAAACGGGCAUUGCAGAAUGGUAGAAAAGACAAAAAUGUCGAAUUUUCGAUCGAAAACGGUAACACCCACAACUUAAAUGAUCUUUUUCUUUUUCUUUUUUUUGUAACCAAAAUAAAUAUGUAGGUACAUUAUACAGUUUGUCCCAGGAAGAUAUACCUCUUGAAUAUUUCCGGAGAUAAUAAAGAUAAUCAAAUUAUGAUUUUUUUUUUUUUUUUUAUAUUACUUACAGGAUGAGAACUAUAAAUAUAAUUGAAUUAGGUAUUUUUUUUUUGUUUUAGUAAAAAUUUUAAGAUAACCAAUCUAUAGUGUUUAUUUUUCUAAAAAAGAAAAAUUUAAUUUAAAUAUAAAUAUUUUUAUUCCCUGUGAGUAAUAAAAAAAAAUCAAAAUUGUUUAUCUUCAUUAUCUCCGGAGAUAGUCAAGAGGUAUACAUUCAUGGGACAGCCUGUAUAAGUACGGUGAAAUUAUAUUGUCCUCGAAUUGUAUUAUUUUUAGAUUCGUAGAAUCGUAGCGUAGCGAGGGAUCUAUUGAUUUUACUAUAAUAUGUGUGUUUUUUUUUCUAGUUUGUGCAUUGAGGAGGUUAUAUUUUGAUUUUACAAGGGGUUUUCGAAAUAGUUAAAAACAACCCCGAAGAAAAUUAUAGGUAAAACGGCAAAUAUUUACGGCGCACCGCCGUUUUCAUUAUUUUUAUUAUAUUCAAAUUACGUUUUCUACCAAAAAUAUUACUCCAAUCGAAAUAUGACAGGAAAUCGAUUCUGUUCCUUUUAACACAUAGAUAGUCUUUUUUUAAUAUUUAAAGUAUUUUAGAUUCUGAGUAGAGCGAAGAAGCUUAUGGUUUUACAAAUAUGUUUAAUAUUUUUUUUUUCUGUGGACCACUUUUGUACUAGAGGUCUUGCUCCAAUUUUCAAGUGUAGCACCUUUCCUGAAAGAAAACUGAUUUAAAGAGGUGCUAUAAGGAGAUUAUUUUUCGAUUUUCUCAAAAGUUUCCUCAUCAAAUGUGAAAAACCGAAAAAAAAAACAGAGGAAAAUCGGGAAAAUAUACGAAAAUGUAUUAGUAGAAUAUUACGAUUUUUUUUCUGUAGACAACUUUUCUACUAGUAUUUUGCUCCAAUUUAUAAUGAUAGAAAUUUUUCUAAAAGGCAAUUUCACUGGAGAGGUAUUUUAGGGAAGCCAUUUUUAUAAUUUUCUCAAGAGUUUUCCUAGAAAAUGUGAAAAAUCAGGAAAAACAUGGGAAAACCGAAAAAAUUGUAGACAAAACGAGAUUCAUUUUAAUUUUAGAAUUAGAAUAAUUGGAAUUUUACCAUAAUAUGACAUAUAUAUAAUUAACAAAGCAGCACUAUCAAUUGAAUUCCGCUCAGAAUCGUUUUUCCGUUAGCAAUGGUUUAUCGUUGCUUAUAGGUGUACAUUAAAUUACUUAUAACAGUGACUGCACCAAAUCUCAUUAUAUUAGAACGUCUUUUUCAUAAUAAUUAGGAAAAACCAAAAAAUACAAAAUAUACGAUUUUUUUUUUCAAAUUAUGGCACAAGUACAUUACUCUACAUUUGUACGGCUUAUGUUUUCUACCAUAAAUAUUGCUCCAAUAGGUGACCUUUUUUGUUGAAUUUUUAAUCUAGUUAGUGACUAAGCAAGUUUUUUUUUAAUAAUCAAGUAAAACCGAAAAAUAUAUAGAAGGAACGAGAAAAUUUAAAAUUAAAUUUUGUUGUUUUAAUGUAAUUUAGUAAAAAUAUAUAUUCGUAGAGACCUAAAAUGUUGACAGAGAACUUAUAUUUACUUUCUCUAGGCGUGGUAAAUCUUUGAGAAUAUUUGAGCAAUUUUUGAGUUAUUUGUAUAGUUUUUUACAUAGGUAAUUUUCAUUUGGUCUGUACUCUGUAGAUAAAUUAUUUCCUUUUUUUUUUAAAUCAAAUUUUAACAAAAAUCGUAAAUAUUACGGCCUUUCACAACAUGUGUAACCGAACUUCGGUCCGAAUCGUUUUUCGUUAUCAAUGGUUUAUUGUUGGUAUAAAUAAAUUAUCUGUAAGUCUCCUAUCUUCCCCACUACCCACCUACAACAGUGGCUAAACCCGUUCCUAUGUAUCAACUCUUUUUUAAACAUUCAUAUCUAUAUUUUAUUGAAGGGACGGAAAAAAUCCCCGUAGGUACUUUAAAAACAAUUUUAAAAAACCAAUAAAGUAAAAAACCAGUAUUGCUUUUUUUCAACAGGAAAUUUAUCGUAAGGUCCCCACAUCAGGACGAAUAUAGAGUGUGUUUCACUACGUAUACUUUUUCAGUAAUAAUAACUUCUUUUUCUUUACAAUAUUUUCGAGAUUUGAUUUUUUUAAAAUUAUAUUAGUAUUGGUACUAGAGAAAAAAUAUGGAAAAAAAUGUUCCAAAUAAAUACGCAGUUAUAUAAACAAAUUGUCCCGUUUAGAUUCUGAGUGCAGCGAGGGAUGUAUUAGUUUUACAAUGAUGUUUUAUUUUUUAUAUGAAAAACUUUUCUACCAGAAAUUUCGCACCGAUUUUCAAGUGUAGUACUUUUUCUGUAAUGAAAUCUUACUGAGAUAGUACUUUAAGGAGAUAAUUGUUUAGUUAUUACAUGAGUAAAAUAGGAAAACAAUUGGAAAUGUUUGACUCACCGAGCUCCACUCAGAAUCGUUCUCCUGCUUGCAAUGAUUUAUCGUUACUUACACUGUUUACAGUGAUUAAACUAAAUACAUUUUGCCUAUGGCCUAUCUUCCAAACUUUCCGCCCAAAAUUUAUUUCGUGAAAUAAUAUAUAAUAUGAAAGUUACAAAAAAAUGUACAUUCUCUGGAAAUAAUAUCCCUAAUUACGCCAUCCGCUUCAUCUUUUGCAAGUUUUUUCGUUCGGCUCAAAAUCCGAAUGAUGAGUACUGACAUUUCGGUCGAAAUAUUUUAUAUUCUCUCGGUGAAAACGCGAGUUUCUCCCCGGGGUCCUCGAGCGUGAUGGAUAUUCAUGUGCAUAUAAUAUAUUAUAUAGUACGGUCUUGACCGAAUUCCGUGGGACCGACAGCCGAAAACUUUACGAAAUUAGCGGGGCGCGAGCGGUAUGUCGGAAAUUUAGUUCUCCCGCGCGAGUUCAAUGAGUAAUCGAGUCGACGUCCAAACUAUUCGGAAAAGAAUAAUUAAAAAAUAAAAACAUGAAUACGGCGUGUGCACUAAUAUCUGCGGAUAGUCGAUCUAAACAAUAACAUAUCGUGACUCGAGAUUUCCGGGAAGGACUUUAGUUUUUUCUACACACAUGAAAACCUUUUUGAUAAUAUUAUUGUAUUUAUAUUCGCGCAUUAGGUAAAUUGAAUUGGUUGUGUACAAGCGAUUUUGAUGAAUAUUUCUCGAAAAAAUGAACAUCGCUAUUUAACAACUUGAAAAUAUUUAAAUUCGCUUCCAGAUCAAUUUACAAUAUUAUUAUAGUCCCUGGCUCCUAGAGUGCACGAGACUUAUUGUUUGUAUAUUGCCUAUUCGUGGCAUUUUUUCAAAAACGAAUUGACGGCAAACGGGAAAAGAUAAGUACUCUUUAAUGGAGCAACCACGGGAGUGAGGAUAAAUGUCACCUAUUUAGUAAUUUAUUAUCCCGAAAACCUGGCUAGAAAUUUAUUUUAAAUUCAUAACUUAAAAUGUGUAUGCUUCUGUCGCUGUAAUCUACAGUGGCAGGUUAGGUCAAGUAAUUUAAUUAGGUUAUUUGCUUAUGUUUUAAGUUGAUUAUUAUAGUCUUAUUUAAUUAUUUAUUCCGGAAAUAUUCAUUUGAACUAUAAAAAAAAUUACAAAAGGCCGUCGUUUCGUAAUUCUGUAUAAAGUGUAUAAGUAGCACACAUUUUAUCGACAGUGUCUACACCAAUUUUUGUAUUAUAAAUUUUAGUACAUGAUUAUUCCUAAUUUUUUAUUAAAGUUAUCAUAGAUUCCUUUGUCGUGUAUUGUGAAGAGUAAUAAACUGUUUUAUUUUUACGAAGAACGUAAGAAUUGAGCAUUUUAUCUCUUUUAAAACCAAAUAUAUUUGACACAACUUUGUACUUAUUAGGAAGAAACUCUGGAGGAAUCUCUCUCUUGUUUUUUUUUUUACUGUACCGACAAAAGUUAUUUGUUUUUGUAGCAAAUAAUCGGCCAAAAGAAUGCUCGUAUAGUAAUUAUGUGGUCAGAUACCUAUUAGACUUUUCAAUAUCCGUAAUCAACCUUUUUUACAACCUUUUUAAACGUUGGUGUAUUUGAAUUGCAAUAUAGCCCGUCUGGCCGUUUACUGCAAUAAACUUCCAAGUUUGCUGAAUAAAAAAUGUUCGUGCAUCACAUAACGCAUACAUUUUUAUACUAUACUUUGCUGGUUAUCUUGAUAUAUAUAUAUAUUGGAUCAACUGACAUCGACUGCAGAAUGAAGUAUUUCGUCUAUUGUAGUAAAUUCAUUCAUUUUAUAAGCAGCCCUGCAAUUGUUUACAAAAGAAUCCAAAAAUAAACGAAGAACUAAUAAUUUGUCAAAUUUACGUUUGUCAACUAUCUAUUUGAUCGGUCAUUAAAUUAUAAACAACGUGUUAUAAAUAAAAAUCACUUGUAACUCAUAACCGCUCUGGUAAUUUUAAACCCUGUCCCAUCGGUAGCCCAUAAUUCCAAAAUAUUCGUAUGGUGUCCUAUUUUGAUUCCUAUUAGGUAUAACAAUCCAAAAUAGGCUAAUUUUUCAAUUCUCUAUUAUGUAUCCUUGCAGUCUCCGUCCCCUGAAUAAUUAUGCGUUGUUUUUUAUCAUUUAUAUAGGUACAUUAUACUUAUUGGUAUAUUUUAUGAUUUCUUCUACCAUAUCCAAAUUAAUUAUUUUCACGAAAUAAUUCGUGGCACUUACAUUAUUUUUAGAAUGAGAGGGUGAGUUUUUAUUAUAUUAUGUUUUUAGUUUUCGACUGACAGGUGAACUCAGUUUAACGCCAUUUACUAUAGUAUUUUCUUUUCUGACAUAAUAUAGUUCAUUCGUGUACAUUUCUUCUACUUCUUCAUCCGAAAUAUUCUAUUCUAAAUCUCUGUUAAAAUUAUCGUUUUCAAUAUUUACAUCACGAUGGUCACUGUCAGUUUCUAAUUCUCUACAAUUGUCUGCGUCUUCGUCGUUCAAUAAAUUGAAAACACAUUAGCAAAGAUCAGCGCAGGUCAUCGUAGAAUAUAACUGCGUGACCCGUGUGAACGAAUAUUAAAACGUAAUUUCGUGUAUUCAUUCGAUGAAAACAUUCGAUAUCUACAUGACGGCUAACGAAUUAAUAGAUUUAACAGCACGUGGCGUUGGAAAACUAUGUCACGCAUUCGCAGGACACCGUGUCGUAAAUACUGCGCGAUGAAGCUGACGUAGGAGCAAUACUGCACUACCUUGCUUCUCAGUUUACGCUCGUAUAAGUUCAAACAAGUAGAUCACAAAAAACUGCGCUGUGCUGCGCUACGUCUCAAUUUGUGUCCGUCGAAUUGUCGUGCGAAAUUCACCGGCUAAAAGAUUAAUAAACAGAAUUAAAACUUUGCGUGGCGAAGUUCUUUCUUGUGGGUGGCAAAUCGCCUAUACACAAUAACGCCAUAACGGUGGUAAAUAACAUAUAAUUUCAGAACGUUACGACUGUAUAACAACAUCUGUAGUAUGUAAAUUUGCAGUCAAGACAGCGCAACACGACCGCAAUUCGUAUAAUAAUACUAUGGGCUCACGUAGAAUAUUACGCUGUGACUUUAUUACUAUAUACAUACACAUGUAUGUACCAUAUAGGUAGAUAAUCGUCGUAAAUCAUCGUCUGCGACGAACCGGCCGAAUCUGGCACUGACAGAGACUUAACCUAACCUAACCGAGUCCGGGCUCCGGAUUUCUGCAGAAAUCUCAUUUCGUCUACAUCGUACUAUAAUAUUAUUUACCGUACAAGUAAAUUUCCACAGCGGUAAUCCGCCACAAAAAUAAUUAUGGUUUUUACGUUUGAUGAUCGAAAAGUAUUACACUUCCCCCCAACCCACACACACACAUACACACACACACACACACACACACACACAUACACAUACACACUUACCCGCAAAAAUCAAUCCGACGGAUAUAGGCAUGUUUACCCGAAUAUUGAUGGGUACGCUAUGGAAAUACCUACAUUUUUUUUUUAACCUAGAUUGUUAUUUAUGUUUUUUUUAAAUUGCAUAAAUAAUACGCACAGUGAUAAUACCAAUAACAUGCAACUACUAUAAUACAGUAGUCGCUGUAUUAUAGUAGUUGCACAAUACUACCUCAUAGAAUAAUAAUAUUACUAGUCUUAAUGGACCACCCUAUGAUAUAUUGUUAUAAUUUAUAGAGUAAUAAUAUUCAUAUCAAUUACCCAGCAAUCCGUGUAGGUCGCAAUUAUCUAUUUUAUCCAUGGUGAUGACAUCGUUAUACAAUUUAUCAUUAUAAGCGUUCCCUAGAUAUUUCACGAAUAUAAAUAGGUACGUUUUACGAGAUUAAAAUCUAUUCCUAUAAAAUCAUGAACUUCAAAAUUUCGAACGAGUAUUCUCUUAUUUUUAGUGUAUAAAAAAAAAUAAAUUUCCAAAGGGACUGAGGGUCAGAUUCUUUAGACUCCCUCGGAUAGAACACUAAUUGAAAUGACAUUUUAAAAGUUUCCCCGAUCACUCGUUAAGCCUUAUACCUUAGUUAAAAUACAAUCAUGUAUUAUUACAGAUAGUUGUAAAUUCACGUGUAUACGGGUUAACGUCAUUAAUCAAAACAUCUAAAGUUAUUAUAAUUUUAUUAAGACUUCUAGGACAUUUCAGCAACGUCUUUCCACGCAUAUGCCAACGGGUCCUACAUCCUUAUAAGUUAAAUACAUAUGUGUAUAUUAUAUAAGUUAAAAACUUGUUGCUGUGGAUACCUACUAUGCGACUGAACUUGACUUUAUAAUUAUAAAAUUAUAUAAUAAUAAUUCUGUUUUCUUUAUCGAUGUAAAUUAAGUUCUAAAUGUUGUUAGAAUUUUAAUUUUGGGUAAUUGACCAUAAAUAACAUUCUGUGACGUUAGAAGACGACUACUAAAACAUUUGAAAUGCACCGCGUAUUAAAAUUACGUAGACUGCAGGGACGUAGUUAAGGUGGGAAUACCCACCAUUUCGAAAUUAAUACAAGAGCAAUGAUUCCCAAUGGGUAAUUUUCAGAUGGGAGACAAAAUAAUACUAGAUUCGCUAACCUGUUUAUAGCGUAUAAAUACUGGGUUGGUAUUUCUUGAAAAGCUAUGAGGAAGAAAGGGUAGGUAAUUAUGUAAAAAUUAGCUUUAAAAAAACUAUUAAAUGCCGACGUUCAAUCAAGACGUUAUAAUAUUGUACUGUUUAUAGUUUACAUUGUACAUUUAAAUAGAUGAUUAGAUUAUUUAUUUUUAAAUAAUAACACUUUACUUUAAAUAGCUGUUAACAAAUAUCAUUGCAUAAAAAUCAUAAUAUAAAAUACCUAUUUUACACUUAUUUGUUUGGAUUCAAAGCAUACAUGAAUUUGUUUCGGAUACUAUAUUAUUAUUUGCCCUCCCCCCCCCCAAUAUGGACACCCAUGUACAGGAGUUAAAUAUUAUUUUUUCAACUCACUCCUAUUAAACAAAUAAUUCCCCCCCUCCCCCCGAACCGUAAAUAAUCUAUACCUAUUAUGCCUUUGCAAGUAGAUUGUACUAUUUUGAGAAAUGUUUUAGAAAUGCGUCAUUUUUUGACAUUGUUAUCUACAAAUAUACUCGUCAUGUAUGCAGGGUGUAUAUAGCUCAUCUCAUCUCGUCCUAAAACCACGUAUAUGGUUUUCGAUAUUAGAAAAAAUAUCAUUACGACUAUGUUGUAUUUUUAUAAUAAAUAUUUAAUAAUUAUUCAUUGAUUUUGUUGUUAAUUUUUGCAGCAAGCAUACCACGCAACGGCUGUGGUUCGACAAAUGAAAAAAAUGGCAUUAAACAGCGGAAGCGGGAUUAACCAGAAUUCCUCAAAGCAGGAUAACAGUAGCAUCGACUACCAGGCCAACGGGAUGGCCGAGGAAUCCAACAGACUCUAA